CUGCAACAGAUAAAUAGGUCACAUUUAUUUCCCCUGUGUAUAAAGAUCUUUCCAAGUGUGUUGCGAGGCUGUCAAGCAGAGAUUGCACACACAGCCGGGCAGUGUGUUGAUUAUUAAAAUUAUGUGUCGGAAAGUAUACAAUUAAAAAAAGGUAUGUCUUAAAUUCAUUCAGCUUGAAUGAAGAAAUGUCAUCGUAAUAAGUUACAAUAGUGUAGAUAUCUCUGCUUUGGGUAGCCUGUGAAAUGUUUCGACUGCUCUGCUCUUACACUUACCUGUAGACAACAAGUCAUGUGUUCAUUCUCAACUCAGACACUUCAAGUUAUGCUCUGUACUUUACAUGACACAUACGCUAUCGGAAAUAAACGUUGGUUUUUUUCUUCUUCUAAAAAUGAAUCGUCAUCUCAUUUUCAUAGAACACAAUUAUAAUUUCUCACACACACUUAUUAUGAGACAUGUAUUUUGAGACACGUAUUAUGAGAUACUUUUUUUUUUUUUUUGAGUGAGAGAUUUUUGGUUUGUAGUUUACCAAAUUUAGUCUUUAAGUAAAAAUUCCUGCAACACUUUACAAACUACAGCACAAUUCAAUAAAACAUACAUCUUGUAAAUACUUUGAGCAAUUAUAGGGACUAGGGUUUCUCAUUCCCAGGUUUUUGCUUAUCCCGGGAAAACGGGAUUAAAGAAACUCUAAUCCCGGAUAAAACUAAUACAAUUACAACUAGAUCAUAAUCUGAAUGCAACAAUAAAAGAGUGUUUUUUUUUUUAAUAAUUGCUAAAUUGUUAUAGUCUAUUAAUGAAUGGAAAAGUUAUUAAGGUUAUUUAAGAGGUUGGUCACCUGUUACGAGUUGCCUCAUUUUUCCUUCUUAGUCCCAGUACUGCAUAACUAGUUUUUAAUAUGUUGGUUUAGCUAACUCAGAUAGGACAGCCUGUAGAACAAAACUUUACACUUAAUAUGAGUUUUAAAUUCUAUACAUGUCGCAAAUUCCAUUUUCAAAUCCGUAACGAAAUACUUGCAAGCUAAUGUCACGAUAUACUUGCAAGGUAAUGUCACGAUAUGCUUGCAAGCUAAUGUCACGAUACACUUGCAAGCUAAUGUCACGAUAUACUUGCAAGGUAAUGUCACGAUAUGCUUGCAAGCUAAUGUCACGAUAUACUUGCAAGCUAAUGUCACGAUAUACUUGCAAGUUAUGUCACGAUAUACUUUCAAGCUAGUGUCACGAUAUACUUGAAAGCUAAUGUCACGAUAUACUUGGAAGGUAAUGUCACGAUAUACUUGGAAGGUAAUGUCACGAUAUACUUGCAAGAUAAUGUUUUUAACAACUUGUAACAAGUGCGUGUUUCAAAUUAAAAAACAAUUUGAAAUAUGUCUUAUUAAGUUGAUUUCGGAAGUAAAGAGUACGCUAAAAAAAUUGAGAUAAUAUAUUUCCAAAUAAACAGCUUUGUAAAAUAAGUUACUAGAGCACAGGUUUUCAACUCAUGGGAUAGCACCUCCAAAGUGGUUGCGAAGGGAUUUUUGUGGGGUCGCUGUCUAAACUAUGUGUUAAGUCGCGUCGAGAAAUAUUGAUUAUUUAACGUUGUUUUAUUUUUUAGAGUGUGUCUUAAGUUCGAGUUACGAUUUCAAUCAUGGCUUAGAAACUCGUUAAUUCUAUUCCAAAAUCUAGAUUUAUUUUUUUUUUUUUUUUCCAGUGGCUCCCAAGUUUAAGGAAUGAUCCCCAUUGGGGCAGACCCCGGUGCAAAAUUCAUUGAUAGUUAUUUUCUUAUCUGUUUAAGUUUUUCAAGUUUCGGUGACAUCCCCAAGGGGGUCUGGAGGGGGUGGGGGCUAGUGGUGAGGGUUCGAGGACCUCUAUAUUAAAUCCCCCUGGACUUGGAAAUUACAUUAGGGCCAGCACACAUACUUGAAAGUAGGAUUACUUCAGUUAGACCUGAGUGAGACUUGAGUGAGACUUGAGUGAGACCUUAGUGAGCCAAAGAAUUAUAUAUUUAAUUGUUACCGUCAUAAUGGUGGAGAUUCUUUUGGAAAUUUCAUUGUUAACUUUAAUUUUGAAAACAUCUUUUUAAAUAGAAAAAAAAUAAUUUUAAAGUAUAUUUUGAAACUUCUCCUAUAUUAUUAAACAUAUAAAUGAAAACGCUCGCGUUUUGAAAUAUCCUACUAUUUUGGAAGCUACAGGUUACUUUAACUCAUGUUUUUAACAAGGUGUCUUAUAUAACAGAGCGAUGACUAGGCAUACAUAUUUUAUUUAUUUUUUUUAAUGGUUCUGUAUAUUUUCUUCUCGGGUGUGUGUGGAUGUGUGGUGUGUGGCUGUGAUGUGUGUGGAUGUGAUGUGUGUGGAUGUGAUGUGUGUGGCUGUGAUGUGUGUGGCUGUGAUGUGUGUGGAUGUGAUGUGUGUGGAUGUGAUGUGUGUGGCUGUGAUGUGUGUGGAUGUGAUGUGUGUGGCUGUGAUGUGUGUGGAUGUGAUGUGUGUGGCUGUGAUGUGUGUGGAUGUGAUGUGUGUGGAUGUGAUGUGUGUGGAUGUAUAAAUUUCUAGUUCAAGGGGUCGAAUUAUCUUUGGUAUCCGCGAUUGAUUUUUUAUUCAGCCGACACCAAUAAUUCUUCUAAUCACAUGACAAAAUGGGACCAUUCCUGAAAUCUAUUUCGACAUUAUUUCUCCAUUGCACGCGUCUGCCUACCUGUCCAUUGCACGUGUCUGCCUACCUGUCCAUUGCCCGUGUCUGCCUACCUGUCCAUUGCCCGUGUCUGCCUACCUGUCCAUUGCACGUGUCUGCCGACCUGUCUAUUACCCGUGUCUGCCUACCUGUCCAUUGCACGUGUCUGUGUACCUGUCAAUUUCCCGUGUCUGCCUACCUGUCCUUUGCACGUGUCUGCCUACCUGUCCAUUGCCCGUCUCUGCCUACCUGUCCAUUGCCCGUGUCUUCCUACCUGUCCAAUGCACGUGUCUGCCUACCAGUCCAUUGCCUGUGUCGCCUACCUGUCCAUUGCCCGUGUCUUCCUACCUGUACAUUGCCCAUGUCUGCCUACCUGUCCAUUGCACGUGUCUGCCUACCUGUCCAUUGCACGUGUCUGCCUACCUGUCCCUUGCCCGUGUCUGCCUACCUGUCCAUUGCCCGUGUCUGCCUACCUGUCCAUUGCCCGUGUCUGCCUACCUGUCCAUUGCACGUGUCUGCCUACCUGUCCAUUGCACGUGUCUGCCUACCUGUCCAUUGCACGUGUCUGCCUACCUGUCCAUUGCACGUGUCUGCCUACCUGUCCAUUGCACGUGUCUGCCUACCUGUCCAUUUGCACGUGUCUGCCUACCUGUUCAUUUGCACGUGUCUACCAACCUGUCCAUUGCACGUGUUUCACGUGCAAAUCUGGAUACAUUUCUAAAUCUUCUUCUGGUCUUGUAUCAAAACUUGCGGUCAAAUCUACAGAUCGCAUCUUUGCUACUUGUUUUGUUUUCUACAUUUUCCUUGGUUAGUUUUCAUGGUGCAUAAGUUGCUAAAUCAAUGAUGUGUGUGGCUGUGAUGUGUGUGGAUGUGAUGUGUUUAAAUCAAUGUUUACCGACAUGAGUCAUUGCACACCCAUAGUAAGCCGACAUAACAAAAUAAACAAGCUGCAGGUGAAAGACAGGAGAGACAUGUACCCAAUGCUUUAUGCGCUGUCCCCGUUCCAGCUAGAACACGUUUCCCUACCUGUUGUGCUCAUGGACAUUGGAGGUGCUAGGUAGAUAUAUCAGGCGGGGGGGGGGUGCAUUUUUCAGGGUGCGUGGAAAAGAAAUAAUAAGGACAGAGGAGUCAUUGGCUUAUAAAUUAUGAUGUAUAAAUAGUUUGGUUUUGUAUUUACUUCUUCAUAAACCUUUCUUUAUGUAAUAAGUAACGCGUACGUCUUAUACGCACUAUUGUUCAAUUUGCGAUUAUAUAAAUUAAUGAAAGUCCAUUAUUUUCAGUUUAAAAUACAUUGUUACUUCUGUAAGGGGAACGAGGGUUGGUAAAACAAGAGGUAGGGUGUGCCAAACUAGUCAAAGAAACCUUAGGGUGUGCCAAACUAGUCAAAGAAACCUUAGGGUGUGCCAAACUAGUCAAAGAAAGCUUAGGGUGUGCCAAACUAGUCAAAGAAACCUUAGGGUGUGCCAAACUAGUCAAAGAAACCUUAGGGCGUGCCAAACUAGUCAAAGAAACCUUAGGGUGUGCCAAACUAGUCAAAGACACCUUAGGGUGUGCCAAACUAGUCAAAGAAAUCUUAGGGUGUGCCAAACUAGUCAAAGAAACCUUAGGGUGUGCCAAACUAGUCAAAGAAAGCUUAGGGUGUGCCAAACUAGUCAAAGAAACCUUAGGGUGUGCCAAACUAGUCAAAGAAAUCUUAGGAUGUGCCAAACUAGUCAAAGAAACCUUAGGAUGUGUCAAACAAGUCAAAGAAACCUUAGGGUGUGCCAAACUAGUCAAAGACACCUUAGGGUGUGCCAAACUAGUCAAAGAAAUCUUAGGGUGUGCCAAACUAGUCAAAGAAAUCUUAGGGUGUGCCAAACUAGUCAAAGAAAUCUAAGGAUGUGCCAAACGAGUCAAAGAAACCUUUGCCAAACUAGUCAAAGAAAGCUUAGGUUGUGCCAAACUAGUCAAAGAAACCUUAGGAUGUGUCAAACAAGUCAAAGAAACCUUAGGGUGUGCCAAACUAGUCAAAGACACCUUAGGGUGUGCCAAACCAGUCAAAGAAAUCUUAGGGUGUGCCAAACUAGUCAAAGAAAUCUUAGGGUGUGCCAAACUAGUCAAAGAAAUCUUAGGGUGUGCCAAACUAGUCAAAGAAACCUUAGGGUGUGCCAAACUAGUCAAAGAAAUCUUAGGGUGUGCCAAACUAGUCAAAGAAAUCUUAGGAUGUGCCAAACUUGUCAAAGAAACCUUAGGAUGAGCCAAACAAGUCAAAGAAACCUUAGGGUGUGCCAAACUAGUCAAAGAAACCUUAGGGUGUGCCAAACUAGUCAUAGAAACCUUAGGAUGUGCCAAACUAGUCAAAGAAUUCAAAGGAUGUGCCAAACUUGUCAAAGAAUUCUACGGGUGUUCCGAACUGGUGAAGAAUACUAAGGUGUGCACAACUGGUCAGAGAAUUCGUAGGGGUUGCGAAACUUGUCAAAGAAUUCAAAGGGUGUGCCAAACUUGUCAAAGAAUUCAAAUGGUGUGCCCAACUUCUCAAACAAUUCAAAGAAUGUGCCAAACUUGUCAAAAAAUUCAAAGGGUGUGCCAAACUAGUCAAAGAAUUCAAAGGAUGUACCAAACUUGUCAAAGAAUUAUAACGGUGUGCCAAACUUGUCAAAGCAUUCUACGGGUGUGCCAAACUUGUCAAAGAAUUUAAAGGGUGUGCCAAACUUGUCAAAGAAUUCUAAGUGUGUGCCAAACUAGUCAAAGAAUUCAAAGGGUUUGCCAAACUUAUAAAAGAGUUCGUAGGGUGUAUAUAUAGGUAUUAUAUAUUCUUUAGAUCUUUUUAGUGUUAAAGUCGUUCGAUCUUUAAUAACGUCAAAGUUUUAAGGUCUCGGUAGUGCCCUGCUUUAAAAAAUUGAGGAUUUAAGCCAUAUCCUGAAGAUCUUGAACAAUGUUAAGGUCUGAAGAUCUUUCUCGUUGAUAUAAAAAAGAGCUUAAACCAAAAUGUAUCCAAAAACACCUUUGAUGACCGGGUCAAGAAUCCCAGAACUAUGUUAUGGACUGGCGCCUGAUUAGCGUCAGGAUUAAGAGCUUUCGCUGGUGCCUGAUUAUUGCCGAGGAUUUAGAGCUUUGUCUGGUAAUGAAUUUAAUAAUUGCUGAUGUUACUUAUGAUAUGGAUACUGUUUGUACUACAAUUGUGGGGAUUUAUAACUAUGACAUGUCUCUGUAAGAUAACACCACUAUCAACACGUUUUAAAAGUUUAAAUUUUCUGAUCGACCUUUAUUUUCUAGUAGAAAUGACUGGAGAGAGUGUCGAGAAACUGGUGGACAGCCAAAGCAGUUCCGUGAGAAUAUUGAAUGUAAUAUAUUAGUUCAAUAACGAUUUGUAUCUGUGUUAAUGUCACGAUAUGUUUGUUACAAGUUCAACUAAACAAGACAUUAUUGAUUAAGAAAACGACAGUUUGUACACAAUCGAUUUGUUUCUAUUUAGGCUACGUGAGGUGCAUAGUUAAUGUGGUAAGUUAGUGACGAAUAAAAUCUGUUAUACAUAGUGACAAUACCUGUUUUCAAAGGAGGGGAACAUACGAGAGCACCUCGCGUGUGUUUAAAUUGGGAAAACAUAGAGGAGGCACCUCGCAGAGGAAGCACCUCACGUGUGUCCAAACAAUUAAAAUAUGGAGGAAAUACCUCACCUGUGUUCACCCCCGCUAAACAGAAAAAGCACUUCACCUGUAUCACAGGGAUCAAUUGUUAGGAAGAUCCUCAGUUUUGUGUACCUUAAUAAGGGAAACCUAAAAACUAAUUUAUGUUCGACCGACUAUAUAUUAAGCAUUAGCAUAGGACGUGAGCGCGGAGGGACUGGUCUGCCUAGUACUGCAUUCUUUACUUUAUAAUAUAUGGAGGGUGGUGUGUUCUGCCAAAUACAGUUUAUUUGUUUUUUUACGAGGGAUGGGGCGACAAAUCAUUGGAUGGCACUAUCCAUAGCUACGCAACUGGCAACACAAUAUAGAAGUUAAGGAAUUUCUACCAAAUCUUUACAUUUCUCAUCAUUUAAACUUUAUUGGGGCUGGAGAGUUGACAUGUGAUGCACGAGAUUUCCUUUAAUGAAUCUGCCACUAUCUCACUUGGUACAUGUUCCUUAUUUCAGCAGGUUUAUGCCAUGGGCAACAAGUGCUGCAGCCGCAGGAAACGGGACCAGCCCGAGGCCAUAAACCCGGCGCUGCACGCAAUCAGGGAGGCCCAGAAGAAAUACUUCGAUAGUCAUAUUGAGAGCGACCUGGACGAGAGCGAUGGGGAGGAGAAGGAGAUAUCUCUAGACGUGGGGUUCGGAUCCCAAGACAGCUUGGACCUGCUCGACACAGACUCGGUGGACGACGUGGGUCAGGGAGAUGAGACCCAGGCAACAGAAGUGGAUAUCCUGAAGGAAGCGACCGGCAUGAACAACAACGUCGUCAGUAGAGAGGAUGGCUGCGUGGAAACGGUGGAGGAGAAAGUGGAAGCAGAGGUGAAGGUGAAACCCGAGUUUGGGGAGGUUAAACUUGUGAGCGGGAGGAGGAGGAAGAGUGAUGUGGUGAAGAGGAGGACGAAGGCCAAGUACAUCAGACUGAGCAAGAGGGCAGACUUCUUUUCUAUAUUCAAUUCAGAGGAUAAGAAAGCUCGAAGUGUGGAUCCAAAAAUGUAUGCAUACCCCUUUGAAAAUUUAGUCUUCGAGGGUGGUGGUAAUAAAGGCCUGGCUUAUUGCGGCGCUGUAAGGGUAUGUACUCCUUUUUUACUCGUUUCUUAUUAUUAUCUUUAAAGACAAAUAAUUUUUGUAUCCUUUAACUUACUUUAUUUUAACAAUGUGGUAUGUAAAAUGUUAAUGUUUGUUAACAUCUUAUUUACAAAAUACGACAACCGUUAAAUUUAGUGAUUACUUUUUUUUACUUGAUAGUGGAAGCGUACACUAUAACAAGUAUUAUUGUUUCAUAGAAAGCUUUUGGGGACCAUCUGCUAAAAAUAGGUUGGUGGGGAGGGGAGUUGUAAGACCGGCGUGCCAUUUGAUUGACCAACACCUUGUUAUAUGUGGUCCACGCUCGCACUGCACGAGCCAUCACUUUAAGCGAAACUUUUUUCAGCUGUUGGAAGACCUUGACAUCUGGCCACAGAUCCGACGACUUGCUGGCACAAGUGCGGGGGCGAUGACAGCAUCCCUUCUGGCAAUAGGUUACAACUCUCACGACCUGGAGGAAUUCUUCAGUCUAAAUCUGAACAACAUUUUCUUGGGUAGGUGCCACCCUUAGAUGAUUUAAUGGGUCCAAAGGUCAGCUCUAAUAUAGUUUUAUGACAAGUUUUUUGGCAUUUUUUGACCACCUUGCUAGAGCUAGUGAUAAAUAUUGCUGGGAAAAGUGCCGUAUUUCUACUUUUCCCAGGGGCUUAUGAUGGCAAUUUUGAAUUACUAUAUCAUCAUCACCAUGUCCCUUAGUCCUUGGACCGUUGGGGUGCCACAGAUGAUGCUUUCUACACUUCGCACAACAUUGCCGAGAUUUAGUCCCGUCAACUCUUUGAUGUUAUCUUCCCAUCUUGCAUUAUUUCUUUGGCGAGCCCUUGUUUUCUUGUUACGUGGCCAUACCAUUCCAGUUUGCGCUUUUUUUUACAGUUCCCAUGAGGUCAUCAUACUGCACCAUUAUUUGACGAAUCCUUUCUUUCACUUGUUCAUUGGAGAUAUGGUUUCUAUAGCAGAUUUCAAGAAAAAAUCUGAAGCAUAUAAUCUCCAUCGCCUUUAUUAUUCUUUUAAGUUCUGCUGUUAAUGUCCAGGAUUCGCAAGCAUACAAAAAAAUGGAGAGGACUAAUGAGCGCAUCAGCCUGAUUUUGGUGCGGGGGCUAUAGUUUUGUCAUUCCAUAUUUUCUUGAGCCUCUUUAGUGCUGUUGUAGUCUGGGCAAUCCUGGACAUAAAUUCGGGCUUGGAGCCUUCCUUCUUCCGAGACUAUUGCCCUUAUGUACUUGAUGUCACGUACUGUCUCUAAUAUCCCCCCCCCCCGACCUUGAUUUCGGUGGAGAUACCGGUGUGUUAUUCGUCAUCAGAUUUGUCUUUUCUGCAAUGAUUUGCAUGCCAAAGGACGAUGAAGUCUUGUCGAGACGCUUUACUAGGUUGGCUGGCCCCUCUUCGUUUCAAGCCAGUCCAUCUAUCUCAUCAGCAAAUCGUAGGUUGCUGACUGUUCUGCCACUAAUGCAUACUUCCAGUGUAUCUGACAAAAUUCUCUCCAAGAAGAUGUUUAACAGGGUGGGGGAGAGUAAGCAGUCUUGUCGUACUCCAACCGUGGUCUUGAACCAAUCUCCGAUGUUAUUGUUGAAGAAGACUGCACUAGUGGCUUUAUCAUAGAGGCUGCAUAUCAUUCUGGUUAGGUGUGUGCUGAUGUUCUAGUACCUCAUGAUGGCCCAUAAAGCAGCAUGUCGAUUAAUAUAUGGGUCUAACAAAUAAAUCGUGUUAAGAGUCCAGUUUUUGGCAUGUGCCUCAAUUCACUUAAUCCAGCACUGUUGGUAAAUGUCACACUUUGGUAACUAAUAUGUAAUUAAUUGAUUUUGAAAAUUCUUCAAGAAGUUCACCAAAUGCAAUAGGACUCGGGACUGGCAUUGGGUAAGCUGAAAUGUGAACAUAUGGUCUACGAAAAACAGCAUGUAAUGUAAACGCUGCUCUUGUGAUCCAAAUGAUCAGCGUCAAUUAUAAUCGAUUUUUUGUGAGGUCUCUCCUUUCGAAAAUGUCCCCACCCCACCUAAACAUCUGAAGAUUCGCAGUAUAGCAGUAGUGACGGAGAAGUCCAUUUGAAAGCACACAAAGCCGUGUGGUAAUCUACGUGUCGCCACAUAGUUCAAUAUUUGUUCUGUUAUCUCAAUCUUUUUUGAGCUCAACAAUUAUUCCCUGGAGCAUUAAAUGUUUCUGGUGUUGCUUUAAAAAAUAUAAUAUAUGUAUAUCAAUCAUUGCACUAUCUUUUAAAUGUAGCUGAUUUGAGCUGGUAUACAUCUUCAAUCUGGGUUAUUUUAUAUUUCGUUUGUCGGACGUUUGAGACAUACGCACCUAUCUUCAUAGACUGUAUCAUUAUUACAUUUUAGAAGACACAUUAGUGGGGCAAAUACGGGAAAUAAAAAAACAGAUAUAUUUAAAAGAUCACAACAGCCUUCGCUAAAAUAUUAAAAUUUAUCGAAUAAGACUCAACCCAUGUUUGGUUAAUGUUAUGGCCUAUGUCUAAUUUAAGUCAACACCACUUGUCUCCACUUUCUUUUGUUUUGAUAUUGACCUCGCCGAUUAAAUGUGCCGUGCCAGUCCUUUUAUCCAACCCAUCGCUUAAUUGGGAAAAGGCUGUUCACGUUCGAAUGCGUUCUAUUUCUUCUAAAGAACGCUUUCAGGUGUGCAAAUUCUAGAAUUACUUUUCUGUAUGGUUCCGAUUAAAUCCCUAUAUAUCUAUGUAUAGGCCGGCAUCUUGCCUAGCCGGGAACGAUUGUUUUCUUAUUUUCCUAGGCAUUUAUGAGACGUUCUAUAAUGGAGAGAUUGCUCUCUUUAUGUGUGCGUGUCUGACAAUUGAUAUUUGACAAUUGAUAUUUGUAAUUUUCGAGCAUUGUACCUUUUCCUUGCUGUGAUGUAAGUUUAUGUUGUUUUUCGUUCCUGUAUAUUUGACUUUGUAUUUUUAUAUAAAUGUAAUAGUAUAAUAAAAUUCAAUCUUGUUAGUAUGACUAGCUUUGGUAGCGUUUUUCUUGGCGUACUGUUUUUUAGGUCUUUGUACGCAUUGUUCAUUUGACGAGCCAAAACUUAAAAUAAAAUAAAUUUUAAAGAAAAAACAUGUAACAGUAUGUAGCAAUAAAUUAUUGCACUUUCUUUUUAAAAAAAUAAAUUGCAAAACAUAUUACUUAAUUUUAAAAUUAUUUUUGUAACUGAUUUUAAAACAAGAAACUUUGGGUCAUAGCUCUUUCCGUGUGUUACUCCACUACUAUGAAACUUUUAUCAAUAGCGUUGUGAUUUGUCAUUCCCUGAAGCUAUCUUUAUGUUUACCACUUACCCACAGAUCACAAAUGUGGUUACCUGAGUUUGAUUCCCAACCUUCUCAAGUCUUAUGGCUGGAACCCUGGAAAACGUAUCAACCAAUGGUUCGGGGAGAAAGUUUACGAAAAAACUGGAAAUAUGGACACAACAUUCAAACAGGUUUAAAUUUCUUUGAUCAUUUGGUUCGUUUUCAUUAUCAAAAUAAGAUCAUCUUUUGUUAUCAACAUUGAAGAAAUGGAAUUCGGGCCUCCGCAUUUGUUUGAACAAUUUGAUCAGUUUGUAUGUUAAGGAUUAACGGGAUUUGAGGUGGUCACCCAACAAAAAUGGAUAUUCUUAAUAUUUUCAAUGAGCUUAAGGUCUCUCCAUAACCACCAGUCUCCAAAACGUUUGUCAAAGACAACUGGUCUUUGCGUAACCUUUAUGAUAUUUGGAGAAUUACCUGUUCCAGCGGAUCAUAGACGUCACUAGGGUUGGUGUCGUCCAUUGUUGUAAACUCAUGGUGUCACCCGUCGUUGUAAACUCAUGGUGUCACCCGUUGUUGUAAAUUCGUGUUGUCACCCAGUACGGUAAACUCAUGUUUUCAUAUCGUCUUUUUCCGGAAGAGGACGGGAAUUUCGUUUCAUCCGCUGACGCUUAGUUGGAAACUCAAACAAUACGAUUCGUAAUGUAUGACCAUUAACUUAAUGGACGUUAAGUUGGAAACUCAAACAAUACGAUUCGUAAUGUAUGACCAUUGACUGGAUGCAAAAACAUCACCCCGGGUGGAUGAGACUCGUUAACCUUGGUCGGCAACUCACCUAAGAGAAGUAAACUCUGAAUUCAAACCCGGCGUUGGAGUCCCGUAAGGCGCAUACAAUGACAAUUCUUGCAACCAUACCCAUCCUUGGUCGUCUUGACAUAGAGUCUUGCCACUGGAUAUGGUGGGCCCGGACGAGAGAGUGAGGUUGACGCCGCGCAACUCUUCCUCACUUUAAACAAAAGUCACUAGCGCAAGUCAUCAGUCACCAGACGACUCGAUGGUCAUCGUCGAUCCUCGACGGACGAACAACAACGUCCCAGUGGACUGGUGAAGAGAGUUACAUAAGUACGUCUUUCCACACACUCAAUUUUAUUUUGAAGAAAUUCGAAAAACACUGCUUUCUAAGAAAGAACUCAACAAUUGCAAGGCAUAUAUUUUUUUUUUAUCGAGAAGUCAAAGUGACGGAGAAACCUUUAAUAGUUUUUUAACUUACCACAAACUCAAGGCAAAGUCAUGUGAAUUCGAAAGCCGCUAUGUUUUGUUAAAGGACAGAAUUGUAGGUGGUAUUAAAAGGGACAAAGUCAGAGUUCGACUACUUAAAGAGUCUAGCCUGACCCUCAACAAGGCAGAAAAUACAAAAAUGGCAGCGGAAACAAUUUAGCGGCAGCUCAACUAAUGAGUGAAGAAUGUGAUGUACCGGCAGUGACAUCAGAUUCAGGAAUAACAAGUAGACUACAGACAAAAUCAAACAAACUCCCUCUAGACUGGCUUGAUGCAAACAUCACUAGUGCCUACAAGAAAAGUGACCGUCAUAACCCAGCAAACUACCGCCCAAUAUCCCUGACCUCCGCCCCAUGCAAAAUUCUAGAACACAUCGUCUAUCGCCCCAUCAUGAACCACCUUGAACACUACAACAUUUUGACCAACCUAAAUCACGGUUUCCGCUCUGGAUUCUCAACGGAAACUCAAUUAAUCACCACCACCAAUGACCUCCUAGCCUCCUAUGACAAAGGUACCCAGGUCGACAUGGCAGUUCUCGACUUCUCCAAGGCUUUCGACACUGUUCCACACAGCCUUCUUCUACAUAAGCUCCACCACUAUGGCAUUACGGGCAAUCUUCACUCCUGGCUCUCAAUAUUCCUUACACAACGUACCAUGCAAGUAGUGGUGGACGGCGUCAAAUCAGGGAAAGCCACCGUAGAUUCAUGAGUUCCACAAGGCACAGUGCUGGGCACCCUUCUCUUUCUCUGUCAUAUAAACGACCUACCCGACACAGUAAAUUCUCAAGUGCGGCUGUUCGCUGAUGACUGUCUUAUCUACAGAGAGAUAAACAGCUACGAUGACCACAACCACCUCCAAGCAGAUUUGAAGUGCCUUAUGAAUUGGACGGACAAAUGGGGCAUGAAAUUUAAUGAAACCAAAUGCUACACGAUGACAAUCUCAAGAAAAAAACAUCAACUCAUAUUUACUCACUAAACGAGACAAUCCUCCAACAAGUAUCCAAUGAUCCAUACCUUGGAAUUCUCUUCUCAAAUAAUCUAAAAUGUUCACCCCAAAUAAACAAAAUUAAAAAAAAAAGCCAACUCCGCCCUAGGUUUCAUCCGGAGAAAUCUGCGCCACUGCCCAAAUCUGUGCCACUGCCCAAAUCUGCGCCACUGCCCAAAUCUGCGCCACUGCCCAAAUCUGCGCCACUGCCCAAAUCUGCGCCACUGCCCAAAUCUGCGCCACUGCCCAAAUCUGCGCCACUGCCCAAAUCUGCGCCACUGCCCAAAUCUGCGCCACUGCCCAACUUCCUGUAAACAAAAUGCCUAUCUCGCACUCGUCCAUCCACUACUGGAAUAUGGUGCGAUCAUCUGGGACCCACACCUUAAGCAACACGUGGACACAAUGGAGCGAAUUCAACGUAACGUGGUGCGUUUUAUCGCUCGAGACUACAAAUCCACCACUCCUGGCUUCGUCACUGGCCUCUUAAAAAGAUUUGACAUCCCCCCUUAAAAGCAGAUGAGAGGGACUCCGCCUGAUAUUCUUAUAUAAAGUGAUCAUGGGACUGGUGCCGGCCAUCCCAGCAGGCACGUACCUCAACCCCACAGAAACCGGGUCGACCGAUCAGAGCAAAACGCUCACUGAACACUGACUUCACCACUGACAUCCCCAGAAAAAAUUACACCAGAAACAAUAGCAAAUGCUUCAAAGUGUCUCAGUGCAACACAGUGCAGUAUCAACAAUCUUUCUUUCCACGCACAAUAAUAGCAUGGAACCACCUGAACGAUGCCACUGUGAACUCGACAUCGGUUGAAAGCUUCAAGGCUGCCCUGGCAUCAGCUAGGAGCUGUUAGAAUAGCAACAUCAUAUCCCCAACCGUUGCAAAGGUGCCAGUACAUGGAUGCAGCAACGAACACUACCAGAACCAGAACGUUAUCAGAUGUAACUGCACCCCAAAGAGAGUUGUUCAAACAAGAUAACUAGUGGGUGUGGCUGGAAUAACACCAAGCUGCCUUGGAUCAAUUGAAGAAUUUCAUCACAUCAGCCCCAGGGCUAGCUUUCUACGAUGUCCCAAAGCACGUUAGGUCUUUAACAGAGUGUGGAAAAGAUAUGCUCAAAUAGAAAAAGAAAUGCUUGCCUUAGUAUUUGGAGUUGACCAUUUUCAUUACCAUGUCUAUGUGCGCUAAGUAACAGUAGAGGCAGAUCUCAAACCAUUGGAAGUGAUCAUGAAAAACCAUUGUUAUCUGCAUCGCCCAGGCUUCAGGGGAUAUUUCUAUUAAUCAUGAAAUUGUUCUUGAAUACAAAACUGGCAAUGACAUAUGUAUCCCAGACUCCCUCUCGGGGCAUCCUUACCAAUUAAGGCAGUAUCCUUCAAGUGAUGACUGGGACGCCCUGGUUCAUCUAAUAGUUAACAGUCUACCUAGUUCAGAUGAAAAGAUUAAAGUAUUUUAAAAGGCAAUAGCGGACGAUGCCACUCGGAGUUUUAAGGCAACAUGUUUGAGCAGGAUGACCAGCUAGAAGAUGUGAUAUUACACAAGAAAUAAGAAUAUUUGCUGGAUUCAAAGAGGAACUAAUUGAAAGCUAUGGUUUUACUUUUCAAAGGAGAGCGAAUAAUAGUUCCGAAAAUAAUACAGUAAGACAUGCUUAAAAGAUUUCAUCAAGGACAUUUAGGGCGUGAUAAAUGUUUGGCUACAGCAAAAGAAGUACUUUUCUGGCCGAGAAGGACAUCACAGAUCAUAGACAUUGAACCUAGCUGGUCAGUAUGCAAUGAGUAUCAAAAGUCCCAGCAAAAAAUCUUAUGAUAGCCUAAGAAAUCCCAGCACUUCCUUGGGAAAAAAAUCCGAGCUAAUAUUUUCCAUUAUUCUGGAAAUAAAUAUUUACUUCUUGAUUACUACAGCAAAUUCUUUGAAUUUAGUCUCAUUCCGUCUCUCAAAGCUUCUGAUGUGAUUAUUCAUAUGAAGUCUCAAUUUGCUUGACGUUGCAUCCCAAGAGAACUAAUUAGUGAAAAUGGACCCCAGUUUUGUUGCGAAGAUUUUCUCAACCUCUCAAAUAGUAGGAAUUUAGGUAUAUCACUUCAGGUCCCAAAUACCCACAAUCCAAUGACGUGGCUGAAAGAGCAAUACAGAUAGUAAAGACACUUUAAAAGAAAGCUUAAGUUUCGGGUCAAGAUCCAUAUAUAGCCCUGUUGCAGUUUGUAAAUUCUCCAUGUCCUAAUUGACCUUCACCUUCACAGCUGCUGAUGGGCAGACGCCUAAGAUCAAUUCUUCCAGCUACUGAUGCAUACCUCAAGCCUAAAGUUCCAGGCCUAAAAGAAAUGGCCGACAUCUGGAACAGAAUAAAAAAAACGAUCAAGGACGAUUUUACAACAAAACAGCGAAAUGUACGGGUGGUCCACAUAUGCAGCCUGGGAGCAGUGGCCACAGAUUCAGGCUGGGAGCAAUGGCCACAGAUUCAGCCUGGGAGCAAUGGCUAUUGGCAGAACAGGCCUUGAGGAUCGUGGAAGCCAGCAGUAGUUAUCUCAGAAGACUCCACAACAAGGUCAUACAUUGUCAUGACAACCGAUGGGAUGACAUAUCGACUAAAUCGUAACAUGUAAAGAGACAUUUGGUGGGCAAAGCAGAGCUCCAGAUGUAUUCGAAUUGGACAGCCCCGACACAACUCAUGAACCACAAGCUACCAACUUAUAGAUUGAAAAAGAGACAAUAGUGAAUGUGUAUCAACCAAGUGCCCUUAAUUCUAUUCCAGCACAAGUGGUAACAAUAUACGGCAGGCACCUGAAAUCCCAUUGAAAAUAUACAUUGAUAUACAAUUCAAAUUAUUGAUUAAUCUAAGUGUGCAUAUAGAACUGUUUUCUUGUUAAAUAUCGAUUGUCCUAUUAAGAGGGACAUGUGAUAGUAAGAGUGACUCACGAUUAUUGUUGUAGUGUUCAUUGACUGAACUUGUGACUCAAAUGUCCUGUGUUGUUGUCCUGUUGUAUGACUGGACAUGGUGAGUUGUUUUCAUGAAUGUUUCAACUUAAAUGUGGGAAUAUUGGUUGGAGAAAGGGAGUGAGGGGUCAUGUGAUGUAGGGAAUAAAAUGAAUUUAGAAUGGCGAAUAAAGAUUAGAUGUUACACACACCACAGACUUGAGUUGAUAUCUUAUUUUACUAUUACAACUACAUACUUUUACAGUACCAAAAUAAACUUCAAACACAAAGACAGCCAUCGUUCAUCGCUUUAAGGUGAACUUUGACCCCAUGUCCAUAGACUAAAUAAUGCUCAAGUGCACUCAGUAUGUCACAUGCCUUAUACGAUGAAAUCGAACUCUCGUUAUGUGAUGUGGAAAUAUUAAAAGAGCCUAAACAUAUGUGACAUAUUUUGACUAUGGCAUUGGAGUAUCUAGCCACAGAAUUGAUCAUCUUACACAUUGCUACAAACAAACAUUAAAACCAAAAGCCUCCGUCAAACACUAUCAAGCUGUAACAUGCUGACAACAUUUUGCCAUGUAAUCUAAACAAAUUUCUAUUAAUUUAGAUCUGUUAUAGAAUCUUAUCUUAAAUUAUAAUAUGUAUAGUUCGUCAGUCGAAAUCGAUAAUGGCCGCUUUAAUUAUCAUAUAUGCUAAUUGGUAACUUGUCUGUGGGUGCGCAGAUGGCUGAUGAGAACGAUUCUGGCACGAAAUGUUAUUGUGCAGUAAGUGCAGGGGAUUGAUGGGACUCCCCAGGUUCAUUUCUUUUCCACAUUAUAUUGUAUCCUCAUAGGUUUAUGAGAUGUUUGGCCGUGAACUCUGUGUGGUGGUGACCAAUCUCAACCAGAUGACGUCACUCUACUGCCAUCCAAAGACCACACCAGAUAUGCCAGUUAGACUAGCAGUGCGCAUGUCAAUAAGUAUACCGGGUCAGUAUGUGACAUAUUUGAUUGGUAUAAAUGUAAAGUCAAUUAAAAUUACAUCGUUUAAAUAUUUUUACUCAAACAGUAAUUACAUUUUAAUAAAUAGUAAUUCUCCAAAAUUAAAUUGUUUGGAAAUUAACACACAUGUUGGGAACAAACCUUAACACAAGUUUCCACACAAAUAAUGUUUUGUUUAUACAAUGAAGAAUAAUUUGAUGCAAACAUCGGAUAUCACCGUAUUUUGUCCCUGUUCAUAUGUAGGAAUGUUUAAAGCUGUCCGCCACACGCUCUAUGGACAGGCCGAUGUAUUUGUCGAUGGUGGAGUGCUGUGUAACUAUCCCAUUCAUUGCUUUGAUGGUACGUCAUAGUGAGUUUGAAUUAUUUUACAAAAAUGCAUUUAAAGUUGAUUCCAUGUGAUUGUUAUUUGACGUUGACAUGGCUCAUAGAAUGACAUUAGUGACAAAAUCAAGGCACACUUCUGAUCAAUUAUGCAUGCUCUAUUAACUAAGAUUAACCUAUUAUCAAUUUCUUGUCAUUGUAAUGUAUUUGCUAUUAUUUGUCACUAUAAAUUACAACAUAUUGUAGUAAAAUAUCACUAUUUGAUUAUACCCAGGUUUCUCAACUAAUGAUCCAACACAUUUUCUCCCCCCAUCCCUAGAAGUACGAUUUUUUUAACAUUUCAGAUCAUGAAAUCUCUUUGAGUCACCUGUAUCAGGUUCAUACGUUCAUUGUCUUUGAUGGUUACUUUUAUCUUCAUGAUACUGCAAAUUAGAGGCCAACCGAAUCUGGAAAGCCUACAUUUAUUCAUUUCAUUCAUUUUCGACAUUCAUUUUGAUUUACCAUUGUCAUGCUCAUAAAUAUUGUCAUAGGUAAAUUUGAAUAGUUUUAUGGGGAAAAAACAUUUCUUUUACUUUACCACUUCAAAAUACAUUUUAUAAACUAUUACAUUCAAAUGGUAAAAGCCUAAGUAUUCAUUAGAUGUUUAACUAUAAAAAUUCACGAUAACAUCAAAUAUGAUAACAAGAAUAUAAAUACCAAUACUUUCCCCCCAUCCUUUUUUGACGUGCGCAGAACCUAUGCGCGAACGAGUUUUGAAAUAUCUAAAUCUUUUGAUGAUGGCCGAAAGCCUCUUUUAGAUUUUGGUUUCCGUUUCGGCAGAAAAUAAUUUUUAACUUUUGGGAUGGUUCCGGGCUGCUCAUUAAUUAUGCCAAAAAAAUAGGGGGGCAGUUUGGAAAUAUUUGACAGGGGAGGAGGAGUUAGAUUAGUUGACGUAAACAAUCAUGUUUUCUAAAUAAAAAUUAUAAUCUUAGAAAAUUACAGUUUAUUACAUUAUUUUAAAAAAAAAAAGUGUAAAUUAGUGUAAAUAGUCAUAUAAUUUUUAGACUUUUAUCACUAUAAGAUUUAUUUAAUGUGCGUCUGUGCGCUGCUGAUGGUUGGUCAGAAUGUUAGCACACUUUGUUAGUGCAAGAGAAGUCAGAAGUUGGCCUCUCUUCACUGUAGAUUAUGUUUGUCGGAAAUGACUAGUGCGGUAUGUUUACGAUCAUAUUGCAGGUAUGGAAGAAGGACAAGGUUCAAGUGUAAUAUGCAGUCAAGAUAAAUGAUAUUGAUAGAGUAGGAAUACGAUAUUUUGAGAAUGGGAGUCGCUUAGUCACUUCCUUGUUUGGUCACGUGAUAUGAGUAAGUCAUCACUAGGCUGCAACACACAACAAAAGAUACUUCAUCAGUACUUCCCCAAUGUUAUGUUAAUUAAAAAUUUUACCUUUCGUAAUAUUCUGGAAUGCAUGCGUUUUUUAAAUGAAAUACAUAAAUGUGACAAUAAAUAUACGUCAGUUAUGAUUAAAGGAAGAAAGUUAUUUCAAGAAAAAUUUGUGAGUGAUAUUCGAUGGGAACUAUCAAUACUAUUAUCGGCAGGAUGUUGUUGAGCUCCGUGCGUGCUCAUGACGUCAUUUGCGUUUUUAUUCAAUAUUGAUGCAGGAGUCAUUCCCCUUUGUUUAUUUUAUUGUUAAUUUUCAUUGGACGAAAUGUAGUGUAGUUGUAGUGUGUAUCGGGCUACUGUUGUCAAGCACUAGUGUGUUGUAUACAGUAUACCGGAAAUCUUACUCGUUUUUACUCAUAUCACGUGACAAAAUAAUUGACUAAGCGACUCCCAUUAGCGGAAAGUAAAGGGAGCAACAAUAAUAACAUCGCUGCUUGUACGGAUUUUCCAAAUCUGUAACAUCUAUUUUGCAUCACACGUCAUGUUGAAAAACAGGUUCAACAGCGCCGACAAUGCCCUCUUGAGCAUAAGAAAUUUGCACCUGCUCCUCAACAAAAAGGGUUUUUUCCAAAGCGAGUAGCUGCAAGGAGAAAGAGAGAGCAUGUGGCAAUUAUUGCUCACACCGACGAUGCAUCUAUUUUAAGUGAUUAAUGACUAGAUGAAGAGGAUGUUGACUUGUCUGGUAUAUCAGUUCCGCAAGAUGAAAAUGAUAAAUCAGCUUCUAUAGACUAUGCCCGUCGUUUUUUUCAGUGGGGGGCAAAACCAAAACUUGGUCGACUUGUUAAGUUGUUUACCACUUGAGGUGCCACAGUACAUAGCAAUUCAAAUAAAAUCUGCAAAUUCAGGGGGGGGGGGGAGUGCCCCCCUGCCCUUCCCCAAUGAUGUCCCUGAUGCCCAUUGUUACGAUAGAGCAACACCUAGCUACUCCAUGGGAAGAUGAUAGCAGCUAUCCUAUAAUUGUCAGCUUUAUUGACAAAAAUCAUAUUUUUAUACCACAAACAGUGUUAUUUAGUCUUUAACAACAUUUUAAUUGAUUCUGCAUUAUAAAAUUUAAGUGUAAAAACUUUUUAAUUGGUUGAUUAACCAGCUAAAGAUCUAAUAAAAUAUUUUUCCUACAAUUCUUUUAAUAAAUCAGCACAAAGUAAAAUGUAUUUAUACUUUUUUUUUAAUAUUAUAAUUAAUUUUUAUUAGUGGGGGGAGGGGGGUAAGAAAAAUAUUGACAUAAUUAAAUAGGGGGGGGGGCAUUGAAAGUUUUACAGUUGAUGACAGGGGGAGGGGGGCAAAAAUUGCGUAAAAAUUGUUGACGUAAUUACUGGACGACCCCUUUCGGUUUCGCCGAAAUCAGAAAAUCACAUUUGGUCGGUUUCUAAUGCAAAUGUUCAUUAUCUUUUAUCAUUGCUUGUCUAUUCAUAAUAAGGCAAAUGUUUAUUAUCGUUGACCGAUUCUAUUAUAUUCGUAAUAAGAAACGCUUAUUAUAUUUUAUCCACCCCAGGUUGGUGGUUGUCCAUGGAACCAGAGGACAACUUUUUAGAAAAGCUGCAACCCUUAGAGGACAUUCCACGCCUUCUAGAGAGGACGGAAAGAUUUGGUACAUACAACGAAAAGACGUUAGGCUUCCAGCUGGUCAGUGACCUACUUAACAUUGUUUAUAUUUUUAUAAUGAAAGAAGACCCUAGUGUCAUCCAAGUCAUUCAUGAGAAAUGUCAAUAAUAAUAAUGAACCAUAAUCAAUCUUAACUUUGCUUUCAGAUUUUAACAAUUCACAUUUAUGUAAUACAGCGUUAUCAAAUUUCUAAAGAUGCAUUUAAGUUAACCCCCUUAUUAUUAGUCAAUUUAACCAACUUAUUAUUAGUCAAUUUAACCAACUUAUUAUUAGUCAAUUUAACCAACUUAUUAUUAGUCAAUUUAACCAACUUAUUAUUAGCCAAUUUAACCAACUUAUUAUUAGUCAAUUUAACCAACUUAUUAUUAGUCAAUUUAACCAACUUAUUAUUAGCCAAUUUAACCAACUUAUUAUUAGCCAAUUUAACCAACUUAUUAUUAGUCAAUUUAACCAACUUAUUAUUAGUCAAUUUGACUCGUAUUAUACUUAGUCAAUUUAACUGUAAUGUCUAGAGUGAAGAUCUUGAUUGUUCCAGGUUCUUGUUAAUUUUCACCCUGUCUAUGACGAUUCCACAUUGUCUGAUUAUAUUGUGUAUAUUUUAAUCAUACAAGUUAACAUUAACAGCCAAUCAAGUGGCUGUAAACAUUAACAGCCAAUCAAAUGGCUGUAAACAUAAACAGCCAAUCAAAUGGCUGUACUAUUCUUGUUUUAAUCCUGACAACAUUAUAGAAAGUUGUUUUGUUGCGUCCUACUUUGUUUCGAUAACUUCCUUGUAUUCAGAAUUGCCAUUCAUAUUAUAGAUGACAUGACUUGCCAAAAUAGGUAGUCUUAAUAAUAAUAGCAGGGCCGUGCAAGGUAGUCUUAAUAAUAACAGCAGGGCCGUGCAAGGUAGUCUUAAUAAUAACAGCGGGGCCGUGCGAGGUAGUAUUAAUAAUAACAGCUGGGCCGUGCGAGGUAGUCUUAAUAAUAACAGCUGGGCCGUGCGAGGUAGUCUUAAUAAUAACAGCUGGGCCGUGCGAGGUAGUCUUCAUAAUAACAGCUGGGCCGUGCGAGGUAGUCUUAAUAAUAACAGCUGGGCCGGACGAGGUAGUCUUAAUAAUAACAGCUGGGCCGUGCGAGGUAGUCUUAAUAAUAACAGCUGGGCCAUGCGAGGUAGUCUUAAUAAUAACAGCUGGACCAUGCAAGGUAGUCUUAAUAAUAACAGCUGGGCCGUGCGAGGUAAUCUUAAUAAUAACAGCUGGGCCAUGCGAGGUAGUCUUAAUAAUAACAGCUGGACCAUGCAAGGUAGUCUUAAUAAUAACAGCUGGGCCGUGCGAGGUAAUCUUAAUAAUAACAGCUGGGCCAUGCGAGGUAGUCUUAAUAAUAACAGCUGGGCCAUGCGAGGUAGUCUUAAUAAUAACAGCUGGGCCAUGCGAGGUAGUCUUAAUAGUAACAGUUGGGCCUAUGCGAGGUAAUAACAGCUGGGCCGUGCGAGGUAGUCUUAAUAAUAAAAGCUGGGCCGUGCAAGGUUGGCUUAAUAAUAAUAAUAGCAGGGCCGCAGUGGCGACGCUACACCAGGUCCCGCCGGGUCCCAGGACCUGGUAAAAAAAACUUGGGACCUGGCAAAUGACCUGGUAAAUUUUUAUUAGUGUAAAUUUGGUCAUUAAGCGUAAACUACAUUACAUGUAAGAGAACUUCCAUUUUAAAUGCCUUUAUAUGUUUUAAUUUUUAUCGACAACAAAAGUCUAUAUAACGUCAUAAAAUGUAAUAUAUAUAAAAUUUAAGUUUUUAACUUGUAAGAGGCCAUCCAUAUAUUACGUACGCAAAAAUAUCGCGAAUUUCGACCCCCCCCCCCCCCCCCCUCCCCAACCUCCCUUGUUUUUCCUCCCCCCCCCCCCCCCCCCCCCCCCCUCCCCCUCCCCAUAGCGUACGCACUGACACUCAAGUUUUAUUUUCUCUAUAUAUAUAUUGAUAAAUAUAUAUAUAUAUAUAUAAAUAUAUAUAUAUAAAUAUAUAUAUUUAUUUAUUUAUUUAUAUUGAUUCAUGUACCUAUUUUUAUAAAUAUGUGUGCGUGUGUGUUUAUAGAAACUCUAUAACUUGAAAAAUCGAUAAACGCAUAUAUACAAAUAUUAUACAUUCAAAUAAAUUCAUUAUGACAAUUGACAAUGUAUGUAAACUUUGGGUUAAGUUAGUAGAUUAAUAAAUAUUACUUAAUAAAUAAUUUUUUUUUUAAUACAUUUAUUUGGGACCCACCAAUUUUUUUAAAGACCUGCAAGGGACCCGCCUUGUUAAAUUUGAUGGCGUCGCCACUGCAGGGCCGUGUGAGGUAGUCUUAAUAAUAAUUUCAGGGUCGUGCGAGGUAGUCUUAAUAAUAAUAGCAGGGCCGUGCGAGUGACGAACUUGCCCCAGGCCCCAACAUCAUGGUGGGGGGGGGGGCGACUAAAGUCGUCUCUGGGACAAUAGUGAUUAAUGUAAAUGAUAAAAUCCUAUGAACGCAAGUACUUCACAAUGACAAGUGGCGCCUAAUUCGAUUUUACCGAUUUCACUACACAUGAAAGGGUGCCAUUUUCAGGCUUCGCCCCGAAUGAAGUAGGUACCUCAGAAACAUCAGGCUUCACCCCGGGCGAAGUAGGUACCUCAGAAACAUCAGGCUUCACCCCGGGCGAAGUAGGUACCUCAGAAACAUCUCAAAGUUAAGAAUGUAUUUCUGGGUUAGGACCCAUAGACUCUUCAUCUCGCGUUUUGCACUCCAUUGCUUAUCGUUUGAUCUGUAAACCUACCCAUUUAUUUUAAUUCUGGUUAUUUAAGAAUCGACUGAAUCUCUGCAAGAGAAUCUUGUGAACAUCGGAAAGAUGAGACUAUUGUCAAUGCUGAUAAUGAAUCUUGAGAUUUCACGCAUAUGCAUUUAUUGAGAAAUGGAAUGGCAUUUUCAUAAGUGCGUCACUUGCAGAACGUCUUCCAUUUAACGGUAUUUGUUUUCACCCAAACUACCUUCGCCGUUCGUUUUGAAUGAGCAAACAAAAAAAUCACUUUCACACAACUAUCUCAUUACUGCACUACACAUGCCCCACUACAACACCACACAUGCCCCACUACUGCACAGCACAUGCCCAAAUACUGCACAGCACAUGCCCCACUGCUCAAUUAUAACAAGUUCGCAACCCGUAAAUAUUUUCAGUAUUCUGACAAUGAGCAGGACCUUCUAAAGUACCAACUUGAGAACCUGCGACACGGAGUUCAGCUCCAAGACCUUCCCAAUACUAAACUUGCCAGGUUUGUCAUUUAAUAUUCACCUUUUAACUCUUAAUUUCGUCAUCCCUGUUAUAAAUGCUGGAAUGACUUGUCAUUAUCUAAGCGCUUUUAGACUCUAGCGCAUUGCAGUAUCUGAGUUCAAUAUUACAGUAGAACCCGGUUGUCAACGGGUUCGGGGUUUGCAAAAAAAGCAUCGAAAUAGCCGAUAAUCGAGGGAACCGAAAACCAAUAUGGAGGCAUUAUAUUAAGAUGUGUUUUAAAUUUCUUUUUGUACAUGAUGUGCGUAAAUAAAUGCAAGUACUUCAGUAAAAAAUGAAAAUAACUUUUUAACUUGAGUACUUUUUGAACUACGAGUUUUUAAAGUGCGAGUUCUUUGGUAUUUUCUACUAUGGACGAAGGCUCCACAUUUUGUGACCUCAUUCUGCUGAUCGUGUCUAGCGCAAUGACUAUACUAUAUAAGUAAGGCAACGCAUCCCCUAUUACUAAAAUACUAUUUAUUAGGGACUAAUUUAUUUUGAACUUUCAACUUUGGCACAUGACUAUUUAAUUAAAGCUUUCCCUGACCAAUGGCUUAAUAGCUUUUGCACACGGCAAACUCUUAUGAAUGAAACUCUGAGGUAGUACCACGGCAUAGCCAUUAUGCUAGUGACCGCGACUGGCUGCCCAUGGCAACGUUUUGCACACGGCAAAUUAUGAUCAUUUAUAAUAUGGACUCUACCGGGUUUUUAAACCUCGAAUCAAAACAUAUUUAUUUAAAUUAUUUCUAGGCUCAUUCUAAAACACAAGUCCUUUAUUUUGAGUAAUAAAUAAUUAUUUUUAAUUAUGAAAAACUUGGGUUUUUUUUUGGUUGUUAGCUAUUUUUUCUUGCGGAGUUCAAAAGCCGGCGAUUGGUCAUGGGUGUCGGGAUAACCGAGGUUAAGUGAAAAAUUUGUCCGCCUUUUGUGGUCGAGAUAUCAGGGUUCAGUGACAUAAAAGAAUCGACAUAACCGAGGAGAAAAUGCUAAGACAAAGAGAGUGUUUGGCGAUUCCCCUUCAAAGACGUCGACAUAACAGGGUUGGCGAGUUAACUUAGGUCAAGAUAAGCGGGUUCGACUUUAGACAAUUUGGACGUUACUUGACUAGGGCAUUCCAAAGUGAAUUUUUUCAAUUUAAUACUCUAUUUCAAAAGAGACUUAAAGUAGAAUUGUCAUGUUUAUAUAAACCAACAGUGAAGAAAAGAGGCAGCAGGUUGGUCCAGCAUCUACCCCGUGUCGUACUCUUCCCUGUAGAUUGAUCGGCGGCAUUUUUGCCUAAUGCAGAGUUUAUCGUGGGUAGCGUCAAAAAUCUUGACCCACGUCUGACGCCACCAACCCUUGUUGGUAAAUACCCUAUACAUGGACACCACUGUGUCUUUACACAACAGUAGAGAGCAUGACUGAAACAUUAGGGUAAAACCAACUUUUUCAGUACUGGAACAGGAACAAGAUAAUCGAUCUAUUUAUGUUAUAUUGUCACAGAUUCGAUACUAUUUUAGCCUCUAAGAGUUCCACAGUAUCAAAUAUAAAAAAAAAAUAAGCUGUUGCUGGGUGUUUCAGUGCGAUCCAACUUCCUCAGGACAAUGUUUACUCAGAACGUUUUCAUGUGCGGCAGCUUGUUAACAAAGACAUUGAAAUGUCAAUACGACCAUGAAACGGCUCUCCCAGCGUCAACCAAACACUUUAAAAGCAAUUUUCUCCGCCAUUCAUGCACACAAAUGGUCCACGGCUGCUUAAACCUUUGUCUAUUCACCUCCCUCCCCACUCCCCCUCAUAAACCGUUGAAUGGUUUUCUAACAUUGGAAAUAGGGUGGAUUUUGUUUUUAGUUCCUGGUUCCCAAACUCUGCGUGGAACUGUGUCGUAUGUCAGUUGGUGCGUACGACAAGACUGAACUAGACCCACUGUCCAAACAUCAAAACCUGUCAGGUGUGUGUUUGGUUAUAAAUUAUUGAAAAGGUGGUUGUAUGGCCUUGUGGCUCAUUUUCUAUUUUUAAAUGGUGCUCCGUCUUGCCCCACCCUAGAUACGCUCCUGAAAUUUCCUCUAAUGGUUGUUUACGCAAUAAGCUUUGUUAAUCAUCAUGUUGAAGAGUUGUUGUUUUUUUUAAUACAUUCAAAACUUAGAGCUAAAAUCAGGAAAAAGAAACUCCAACUGAAGACCGACAGAGAGCACAGACGGCUGGUGACUGCAAUGAAUGCCUUUCUUAGGGUGAGUUACUGCUGGUGCAAUCUUGGGUGUGGUGGAGUCAUAUGUCUGGUGGAGUCAUAGGUCCGGUGGAGUCAGUGGUGUGGUGCAGUCAUGCGUCUGGUGGAGUCGUUGGUCUGGAUUAGUUAAACGUUUGGUGUUACACACCCUACCAUUAAGAGUAAAUCUAAUCUACAACCAUGGAUAUUAUAAAAGGCCAUUCUUGUAAAUAUGGUAACUAGUGCUUCACAUACAUCUUUUGUUGUCACAUUUUUCAAUGGAACUACCUCGGGCCAUAUCAAUUAAUGUAAUUAUAUAUCUUUUUUUUUUUUUUGGUGCUCAUUUGUAGGGGUCCAUCUAUUGCCACUCUUUGCAAGGUACCCCAAUGACUUGCAUCAGUCCUAACUCUUCAUCUUUUGUUGUCACAUUUUUCAAUGGAACUACUUCGGGCCAUAUCAAUUAAUGUAAUUAUAUAUCUUUUUUUUUUUUGGUGCUCAUUUGUAGGGGUCCAUCUAUUGCCACUCUUUGCAAGGUACCCCAAUGACUUGCAUCAGUCCUAACUCUAUGGAUUUAAAGCUACCAGGAGGUCGAGCUUUCUGGCAUAUGGGACAUUUUUUAACAUAGUUGGUGAUUUCUUUGUUCGUGUUCGACCAAAAAAAUUCCGAACAGAUACGGUAUUUUGUCCUCCUGACGGACAUGACUCCAGCUAAAGCUGACUCAUGAGCAGUUUUUAACGCAAUCGGCCGGCCUUUUAACGGGACAGCGAAUUUUUCUGUCAACUUUACUAUUAGUCUUGUAGGUAAAUACCCUAUAAGGUACCCAUUCCUACUUUGAAACGUGAAGAGUCACUGUCUUGUAUGCUCCACUACUAUUAAGAGUAGAUCGAAACUACAACCAUGGAUGGAUCUAAACUUCUAUUAAGAGUAGAUCUAAACUACAAUGGAUGGAUCUAUCAUUUAUGUGAGAGAUCUAAUAUUUAUAACAUUAUACAAUUUGAAACAAAUUUUAAGCCCUUAAGAUGGGGGAAAAUUUACCCCAUGGUCCCUUUGGAAAUAUCAAUGGCUACCGCAACCUAAAGAAUAAAUAGCAUCAACCUGAGACACUCGAGUACGUGCUAGCACCAUACAAAUCGGACGUAUGUCCCAUGAGGCCUUCACUUCUCCUACCUGCUCUUUCCUCUUACACCUCAGUAGGAUUGAAGUUAGACAUUUUUUUUUCAGUAAUGAAAAAAAAAUUCAACUUCUUCUGCUUUUUUAUGUAAUCUGGCUGAAACAAUUCGAUGGCGGUGUCUUGCGGAUUAAAUUCCUAUUCCUGGGGAUUGUGUCGAACCUCAGCGCAGUCAGCUGGUGUGUAAGACUUGCCGUUGUGUCAUUGUUGUUGUAGACAAAUGGAAUGUUAACAUGCACUAUUCACACUAGAGAUCUUAACUAUGGGUGCCCACACCCCAUUGGGGAUGCGGGAGACAGUGUCAGGCGGUACGGGAAGACGCAGAAAAUCUGGUUUAUUGGCAUUCAUAGAAGGUUUCUAAUGGGUUGGGGUGAGAUGAGGGUGGAAAAUAUGUUUUAUUGGCAUUCAUAGAAGGUUUCUAAUGGGUUGGGGUGAGAUGAGGGUGGAAAAUAUGUUUUAUUGGCAUUCAUAGAAGGUUUCUAAUGGGUUGGGGUGAGAUGAGGGCGGAAAAUAUGUUUUAUUGGCAUUCAUAGAAGGUUUCUAAUGGGUUGGGGUGAGAUGUGGGCGGAAAAUAUGUUUUAUUGGCAUUCAUAGAAGGUUUCUAAUGGGUUGGGGUGAGAUGAGGGCGGAAAAUAUGUUUUUGAAAAAAGGUGCGACGCUGAAAAAUCCCUGAUCUACACGUCAUCAUACAUCAAGAGUCCUAUAGACAGCUUUAAUGUCAGCUUACAUCAAGAGUCCUAUAGACAGCUUUAAUGUCAGAAUACAUCAAGAGUCCUAUAGACAGCUUUAAUAUCAGCUUACAUCAAGAGUCCUAUAGACAGCUUUAAUGUCAUCAUACAUCAAGAGUCCUAUAGACAGCUUUAAUGUCAGCAUACAUCAAGAGUCUUAUAGACAGCUUUAAUGUCAUCAUACAUCAAGAGUCCUAUAGACAGCUUUAAUGUCAUCAUACAUCAAGAGUCCUAUAGACAGCUUUAAUGUCAUCAUACAUCAAGAGUCCUAUAGACAGCUUUAAUGUCAGCAUACAUCAAGAGUCCUAUAGACAGCUUUAAUGUCAGCAUACAUCAAGAGUCUUAUAGACAGCUUUAAUGUCAGCAUACAUCAAGAGUCCUAUAGACAGCUUUAAUGUCAUCAUACAUCAAGAGUCUUAUAGACAGCUUUAAUGUCAGCAUACAUCAAGAGUCCUAUAGACAGCUUUAAUGUCAGCAUACAUCAAGAGUCUUAUAGACAGCUUUAAUGUCAGCAUACAUCAAGAGUCCUAUAGACAGCUUUAAUGUCAGCAUACAUCAAGAGUCUUAUAGACAGCUUUAAUGUCAGCAUACAUCAAGAAUCUUAUAGACAGCUUUAAUGUCAGCAUACAUCAAGAGUCCUAUAGACAGCUUUAAUGUCAGCAUACAUCAAGAGUCCUAUAGACAGCUUUAAUGUCAGCUUACAUCUAGAGUCCUAUAGACAGCUUUAAUGUCAGCAUACAUCAAGAGUCUUAUAGACAGCUUUAAUGUCAGCAUACAUCAAGAGUCCUAUAGACAGCUUUAAUGUCAGCAUACAUCAAGAGUCCUAUAGACAGCUUUAAUGUCAGCACACAUCAAGAGUCCUAUAGACAGCUUUAACGUCAGCAUACAUCAAGAGUCCUAUAGACAGCUUUAAUGUCACCAUACAUCAAGAGUCCUAUAGACAGCUUUAAUGUCAGCAUACAUCAAGAGUCUUAUAGACAGCUUUAAUGUCAGCUUAAAUCAAGAGUCCUAUAGACAGCUUUAAUGUCAGCAUACAUCAAGAGUCUUAUAGACAGCUUAAACUUCAUCGUACAUCAAGAGUCCUAUAGACAGCUUUAAUGUCAUCAUGCAUCAAGAGUCCUAAAGACAGCUUAAACUUUAGCAUACAUCAAGCGUCCUAUAGACAGCUGAAACGUCAUCAUACAUCAAGAGUCCUAUAGACAGCUUUAAUGUCAGCAUACAUCAAGAGUCCUAUAGACAGCUUUAAUGUCAUCAUGCAUCAAGAGUCCUAAAGACAGCUUAAACGUCAGCAUACAUCAAGCGUCCUAUAGACAGCUUAAACGUCAUCAUACAUUAAGAGUCCUAUAGACAGCUUUAAUGUCAGCAUACAUCAAGAGUCUUAUAGACAGCUUAAACGUCAGCAUACAUCAAGAGUCCUAUAGACAGCUUAAACGUCAGCACACAUCAAGAGUCCUAUAGACAGCUUAAACGUCAUCAUACAUCAAGAGUCCUAUAGACAGCUUUAAUGUCACCAUACAUCAAGAGUCUUAUAGACAGCUUAAACGUCAUCAUACAUCAAGAGCCCUAUAGACAGCUUUAGUGUCAGCAUACAUCAAGAGUCAUAUAGACAGCUUUAAUGUCAUCAUGCAUCAAGAGUCCUAAAGACAGCUUAAACGUCAGCAUACAUCAAGAGUCAUAUAGACCGCCUUAAUGUCAGCAUACAUCAAUAGUCCUAUAGACAGCUUAAAAGUCAGGAUACAUCAAGAGUCCUAUAGACAGCUUUAAUGUCAGCACACAUCAAGAGUCCUAUAGACAGCUUUAACGUCAGCAUACAUCAAGAGUCCUAUAGACAGCUUAAAUGUCAGCAUACAUCAAUAGUCUUAUAGACAGCUUAAACGUCAUCAUACAUCAAGAGUCCUAUAGACAGCUUUAAUGUCAGCACACAUCAAGAGUCCUAUAGACAUCUUUAAUGUCAGCACACAUCAAGAGUCCUAUAGACAGCUUUAAUGUCAGCACACAUCAAGAAUCUUAUAGACAGCUUAAACGUCAGCUUACAUCAAGAGUCCUAUAGACAGCUUAAACGUCAGCACACAUCAAGAGUCCUAUAGACAGCUUAAACGUCAUCAUACAUCAAGAGUCCUAUAGACAGCCUUAACGUCAGCACACAUAAAGAGUCUUAUAGACAGCUUUAACUUCAUCAUACAUCAAGAGCUUUAAUGUCAGCAUACAUCAAGAAUCCUAUAGACAGCUUGAAGGUUACCAUACAUUAAGAGUCCUAUAGACAGCUUUAAUGUCCGUACACAUCAAGAGUCCUAUAGAGAGUUUUAACGUCAGCACACAUCAAGAUUCCUAUAGAGAGUUUUAACGUCAGCACACAUCAAGAGUCCUAUAGAGAGUUUUAACGUCAGCACACAUCAAGAGUCCUAUACAGAGUUUUAACGUCAGCACACAUCAAGAGUCCUAUAGACAGCUUAAACGUAAGCACACAUCAAGAGUCCUAUAGAGAGUUUUAACGUCAGCACACAUCAAGAGUCCUAUAGAGAGUUUUAACGUCAGCACACAUCAAGAGCCCUAUAGACAGCUUUAACGUCAGCACACAUCAAGAGUCCUAUAGAGAGUUUUAACGUCAGCACACAUCAAGAGUCCUAUAGAGAGUUUUAAUGUCAGCACACAUCAAGAGUCCGAUAGAGAGUUUUAACGUCAGCACACAUCAAGAGUCCUAUAGAAAGUUUUAACAUCAGUACACAUCAAGAGUCCUGUAGAGAGUUUUAACAUCAGCACACAUCAAGAGUCCUAUAGAGAGUUUUAACGUCAGCACACAUCAAGAGUCCUGUAGAGAGUUUUAACAUCAGCACACAUCAAGAGUCCUAUAGAGAGUUUUAACGUCAGCACACAUCAAGAGUCCUAUAGACAGCUUUAACGUCAGCACACAUCAAGAGUCCUAUAGAGAGUUUUAACGUCAGCAAACAUCAAGAGUCCUAUAGAAAGUUUUAACGUCAGUACACAUCAAGAGUCCUAUAGAGAGUUUUAACGUCAGCACACAUCAAGUGUCCUAUAGAGAGUUUUAACGUCAGCACACAUCAAGAGUCCUAUAGAGAGUUUUAACGUCAGCACACAUCAAGAGACCUAUAGAGAGUUUUAACGUCAGCACACAUCAAGAGUCCUAUAGAGAGUUUUAACGUCAGCACACAUCAAGAGUCCUAUAGACAGCUUUAACGUCAGCACACAUCAAGAGUCCCAUAAAUAGACUGCAUCGUCUUAUUGUUUGUUUACAACACUAAUGUGAAUGGAAAUGUUUUCAACUAACUCAAGCAGACGAUCGGAGGAAAGAAAAUGAAAAUACAAACAAUUAAAUCGUUUUUAAUUAUAUUUUUUCAACUCCUACAGUGGAAUAAUUAUCUUGGUAGUAAGUUUAGGACCCUAGCUUUGGAACGUGCCACUCAGGUCUGUUUCAAUUAGUCAAUACUUUCGUCGUUAAUGUAAUUAUGUCUGCGUUCAUUUAGUGGAUUUCCCAUACACCAUAAUUACUUAAAGCAUUUUAGCAUUGGCUUUCCACACACCAGAAAUAACUGAACAUUUCAAUUAAACACUAGCUUUUCAAAUAUCGCUGCUCGGCCUUUUGGCUAAGAUGAAAAUGUAGUAUUUUUUCCGUCAGGUUGCCAAACCUUCAUUGGUGGCGCGUGGUAUAUCUCCUUGUGUUUGGCCAUAGCCUGGUGGAUCGGUAGAAUAGAGAGAGCUGAAAGGCCAAGAGACACAUAAGGGCAGACUUUGAAGGGAUUACCCCGGUAAAGCAGUACCCAAAAAACUAAAGAUACUUGUUUUAUUCAGGGUCCAGGCUAUCGUCCUCAAUUGUUAAUGCAUCAAAGCAAUCAAUACCCAGAAUAAUCUUAUUGGAAACACCAGCCUCCAUUUGAAGAGUUCUAUUACAAUCAAUGUGCCCAUCGCGUCCUUCGAAUUCAUAACACUCAUAAGCCCAUUGUCCUCAUUUCCCCCCCUCUCUCCAGGCACUGAGGAAACACAAUGCUGACAGGAACAACACCAUCGACAGGGGGGAGCUGGAGGCGGCUUUAAAAGAUGUGAGUACUUGUAUGCAAGAAUGAUGUAAGUACCUGUAUGUAUGAAUGAUGUGAGUGCAUGUAUUAGAGCAGGGGUGGCCAAUUUUUCAGAAGAAUGGCCAAAUUUCAGAAAUCAUAUUUCCUGCCGGGCCACGAACCUAAUUUAUUUUGUUAAAUAAAGUAAAAAUCAAACGUGCUACAGCUGAGACCACAUCAUCGCUUCCCGGUAGAUGAGAUCGCGGUCAAACGCUUGCCAGUAGAUGAGAUCGUGGUCAAACGCUUCCCAGUAGGUGAGAUCGUGGUCAAACGCUUCCCAGUAAAUGAGAUCGUGGUCAAACGCUUGCCAGUAGACGAGAUCGCGGUCAAACGCUUGCCAGUGGAUGAGAUCGUGGUCAAACGCUUGCCACUAGGUGAGAUCGUGGUCAAACGCUUGCCAGUGGAUGAGAUCGUGGUCAAACGCUUGCCAGUGGAUGAGAUCGUGGUCAAACGCUUGCCAGUGGAUGAGAUCGUGGUCAAACGCUUGCCAGUAGAUGAGAUCUGGUCAAACGCUUGCCAGUAGAUGAGAUCGCGGUCAAACGCUUGCCAGUAGGUGAGAUCGUUCGCAGUCAAACGCUUGCCAGUGGAUGAGAUCGUGGUCAAACGCUUGCCAGUAGGUGAGAUCGUUCGUAGUCAAACGCUUGCCAGUGGAUGAGAUCGUGGUCAAACGCUUGCCAGUAGGUGAGAUCGUGGUCAAACGCUUGCCAGUAGAUGAGAUCGUGGUCAAACGCUUGCCAGUAGAUGAGAUGGUGGUCAAACGCUUGCCAGUAGGUGAGAUCGUGGUCAAACGCUUGCCAGUAGAUGAGAUCGUUUUCAAACGCUUGCCUGAUGUAAUAUUUAAAAAAAAUAGAAAUUGGUAAAAAAAAAAAUUAAGAAAAUAAAACAUAACUGAGGAUUAAACAUAUUUAUUAGACAAUUUGAAAGUGAGAGAUCAGACUUUGUUUUACAGAACGAAGUGCAUUAAACUUUAUCUCGACUGAUGUCACUCACUUAUGAUUUGAUGUGCUUCAUACGACUAAAAGCUAUUUUCACGCAUAAGUCUUUGCGUAUAGCGAAACCAUCGACAGAUCAUUUUGUAAAAUGCAGGAUAUUUAUCCUUGUCCAAAUACUUUUUAUAGAACUCUUCCAAGCCAAAUAGAUGGAAUUUCUCUUUUAACUGUGGAUACAACACCAUCCGUUCUUAAGAACGAAAAAUUUUUAAGUUGUAACGAAAAGCGAUUCCUAAUCGAUGUAAUUGCCUCUAACUAAUCUUGUGACUUAGUGGUGUCCGCUAAUUCUUCUGUCUUUAUAACAUCGACCUCAACACCCCGACAAAAACUACCAGUUGGCCAGUAUCAGCCAUAUCUGUGCUUUCACCCAAUGCUAGAGCAUGGUCAGUUGGCCAGUAUCAGCCAUAUAUGUCUGUGCUUUCACCCAAUGCUAGAGCAUGGUCAGUUGGCCAGUAGCAGCCAUAUAUGUCUGUGCUUUCACCCAAUGCUAGAGCAUGGUCAGUUGGCCAGUAGCAGCCAUAUAUGUCUGUGCUUUCACCCAAUGCUAGAGCAUGGUCAGUUGGCCAGUAUCAGCCAUAUAUGUCUGUGCUUUCACCCAAUGCUAGAGCAUGGUCAGUUGGCCAGUAUCAGCCAUAUAUGUCUGUGCUUUCACCCAAUGCUAGAGUAUGGUCAGUUGGCCAGUAGCAGUCAUAUAUGUCUGUGCUUUCACCCAAUGCUAGAGCAUGGUCAGUUGGCCAGUAUCAGCCAUAUAUGUCUGUGCUUUCACCCAAUGCUAGAGUAUGGUCAGUUGGCCAGUAGCAGCCAUAUAUGUCUGUGCUUUCACCCAAUGCUAGAGCAUGGUCAGUUGGCCAGUAUCAGCCAUAUAUGUCUGUGCUUUCACCCAAUGCUAGAGUAUGGUCAGUUGGCCAGUAGCAGCCAUAUAUGUCUGUNUCACCCAAUGCUAGAGCAUGGCCAGUUGGCCAGUAUCAGCCAUAUUUGUGCUUUCACCCAAUGCUAGAGUAUGGUCAGUUGGCCAGUAUCAGCCAUAUUCGUGCUUCACCCAAUGCUAGAGCAUUUCCAGUUGGCCAAUAUCAGCCAUAUAUGUGCUUUCACCCAAUGCUAGAGCAUGGCCAGUUGGCCAGUAUCAGCCAUAUUUGUGCUUUCACCCAAUGCUAGAGUAUGGUCAGUUGGCCAGUAUCAGCCAUAUUCGUGCUUCACCCAAUGCUAGAGCAUUUCCAGUUGGCCAAUAUCAGCCAUAUAUGUGCUUUCACCCAAUGCUAGAGCAUGGCCAGUUGGCCAGUAUCAGCCAUAUUUGUGCUUUCACCCAAUGCUAGAGUAUGGUCAGUUGGCCAGUAUCAGCCAUAUUCGUGCUUCACCCAAUGCUAGAGCAUUUCCAGUUGGCCAAUAUCAGCCAUAUAUGUGCUUUCACCCAAUGCUAGAGCAUGGCCAGUUGGCCAGUAUCAGCCAUAUUUGUGCUUUCACCCAAUGCUAGAGUAUGGUCAGUUGGCCAGUAUCAGCCAUAUUCGUGCUUCACCCAAUGCUAGAGCAUUUCCAGUUGGCCAAUAUCAGCCAUAUAUGUGCUUUCACCCAAUGCUAGAGCAUGGCCAGUUGGCCAGUAUCAGCCAUAUUUGUGCUUUCACCCAAUGCUAGAGUAUGGUCAGUUGGCCAGUAUCAGCCAUAUUCGUGCUUCACCCAAUGCUAGAGCAUUUCCAGUUGGCCAAUAUCAGCCAUAUAUGUGCUUUCACCCAAUGCUAGAGCAUAAAAUAUAAACGUGGAUGCUCGACUUUUCAAAUUAUCUACAAUAUGCUUUCUCACGUCUUCCUUAUGCCAGUAAUAGUCUGAACAGACAGACUUAUUUUUUUUAGAAAUCCUUCUUCUUUUCUGGACACAGAAAUUCAACGACGCUCUCCAAACAUUCCUUAACCAUUUCACCAUCUGAAUAUGAUUACGAUUUUGUUUGAUAUUAUCAUGGUUACUGCAUAACUAGCUUUUACAUACAAACAUUAUUCCAAAAAUCCAAGAUCUUUCAAAUUUCUCUUAGCUAUUAGUAAAAAAUAUAUGAUACGAACGCCUCAUGACGUAAUGCUCUUUUUGUGAUAUGUAAAAUAAGGUUAACAUUUAUGUUCAUUUGUUUUAGCCCUGCGGGCCGCCACAUGACUUCCGACGGGCCCCGUACGACCCGCCGGCCACAUAUUGGCCAUCCCUGUAUUAAAAAUUGUUGUGUGCUCUUGUAUGUAAGAAUGAUGUGAGUCCUUGUAUGUAAGAAUGAUGUGUGUACUUGUAUGUAAAAAUGAUGUGCAUAAUUGUAUGUAAGAAUGUUCUAAGUACUUGUAUGUGAGAAUGAUGUGAGUGCAUUUAUUUAAGAAUGAUGUGAGUACUUGUAUGUAAGAAUGAUGUGUGUACUUGUAUGUAAAAAUGAUGUGCAUAGUUGUAUGUAAGAAUGUUCUAAGUACUUGUAUGUGAGAAUGAUGUGAGUGCAUUUAUUUAAGAAUGAUGUAAGUACUUGUAUGUAAGAAUGAUGUGAGUACAAUUACGUAGUAAUGAUUUAUUUAAGUAAAAUUCCGGUAAUAGUGUGGGUCGGUAUGUCUUCAUUUGGUUAUCUAUCAUUGUUAAAUCAAUAUUAUAUCUACCUGGUGACACUACCAUGAAUUGAAAGGGAAGAAUUUAUUCAGAUUAAAUGCAUACUUUUUUUAAAACCAAAAUGUGGCUUUAGGUCUCUUUUAAUUAGCCCUAUUCAAAUAAGUGGAAUUAGGUCUCUUUUAAUUAGACCUACUCAAAUUAGUGGCAUUAGGUCUCCUUUAAAUAGCCCUACUCAAAUUAGUGGAAUUAGGUCACUUUUAAUUAGCCCUAUUCAAAUUAGUAAGAAUUAGGUCUCUUUUAAUUAGACCUACUCAAAUUAGUGGAAUUAGGUCUCUUUUUUUAGACCUACUCAAGUUAGUGGAAUUAGGUCUCUUUUAUUUAGACCUACUCAAAUUAGUGGAAUUAGGUCUUAUAAUACGUUACAUUUAAAGAAACCAGUUAUAACAAAAUAAAACUGUUCACGGACCCAUGAUAUACCUUUUGUUAUUCCUGGCUUUGGGGGGGGGGGGGGGGGGGGGGGGAGGGGGGUAGUUACCUGAGACACGGACACCCGUUGAGUCCUGCAAACACUAAAAGAUUUGCAAGAUUUGGUUUGAAGAUGUCUUGUCGAAAUUGAAUCUCGGACAUGAAUUAGUAAGAUGAAACGGAAUUGAAAAUCUUAAAUGAGGGUCUUGAUAAUCGGUCUAUAAAUAUAGGCCUACAAGCAUAUCAGCUAUAUCGGGCCUAAAUAUUAGCUAUUCAUUCCCUGAGUAAACUUAUGUAAUAACUAUAUCGGGCCCUGAAUAUUAGCUAUAUCAGGCCUGAGUACACUAAUAUAAUUGCAAUAUCGGGCCCUGAUUAUACUAAAAUAUUAGCUAUAUUGUGCCCUGAGUAUAUUAACACAUCAGCUGUAUCGGGCCCUGAUUAUAAUUGUAUAUCAGCUAUUGCAAAAGAAUGACACUAGCAAAAAUUACUACUAAUUGCUAGAGUGCACACAAACUACUAACAGUGUUACCCGCAGUAAUCUUGAUGAUCGUAUGGAUAACUUAGACUCAUUAGAAUGUGCAACGUUGACAGGUUCUGGGUCAUGUCAAUGAAAUGAGCUAGUGUUAUAGUGGGGAGCCACGACUGCUCUGUGCCCCUCCCAGACGGCACUGAAGCUGGCUGUGCCACUGGUGUGAAGUGAACGAAGGCAGCCUCAUGUUAAUUUAGUCUCCUCUUGUUCUUUGUUCACGAGCCAGUGUCCACUUGAUCAGUGAUUGAGUAGUUACUCAAUGUUAAUUCUACAAAAAUAGAGUGGGGAUGGACGUACUACGAUAUUCGUAUUCUUAAAUUAUUGACUAUUGUAAGCAGUGUUAACCCUACAACCCCAAACCCACUCCCUAACUUCUAAAUAUAUAUUUUUUAAAUAAUUAAAAAUAUUAAAAUAAUAUAAAAUGAUUGACUCUGGUGGAAUGCUACUUUAAAAAAUGGACUAAUUGACAGACGAAAGCAAAUUAAUAUAAAUAGACUAGGUGACAGACGAGAGCAGUAGACUAGAAAUAGACUAGGUGACAGACGAUAGCAGUAGACUAGAAAUAGACUAGGUGACAGACGAGAGACGUUAACUAGAAAUAAACCUGGUGUCAGACGUGUGCACUUUAAUAGAAAUAGAACAAAUGAUAGAUGAGAGCAGUGGACUAGAAAUAGACUAUGUGACAGAUGAGAGGACUUAAAGAGCAAUAGACUAAGUGACAGAUAUGAGCAGUUAAAUAGAAUUGGACUGACUAGCUGAUUGGCGAGAGAAAUUAACUAGAAAUAGACUACGUGAUAGAAGAAAGCAGUAAACUAGAAAUAUACUGAUGACAGAUGUAAGCAGUUAAAGAUAGAUGGGUUAACUGAUAGACGAGAGAAGUAAACUAGAAAUGGUCUAGGUGAUAACAACACACAGAACCCCAUACAUUUCAAUGGCCUAGGUGAUAACAACACACAGAACCCCAUACAUUUCAAUGGCCUAGGUGAUAACAACACACAGAACCCCAUACAUUUCAAUGGCCUAGGUGAUAACAACACACAGAACCCCAUACAGUUCAGAUGACACUUUUGUUAUUCAAUUGUGUUUUUAUUUUUAUGUGUCGUGGGGAAAACUAAAUGUCGGUAUUAUGGUCGUGUGCUGAUAUUUAGAAAACUAAAUGUCUGUAUUAUGGUCAUGUGCUAAUAUUUAGAAAACUAAAUGUCUGUAUUAUGGUCGUGUUCUAAAAUUAAGAAAACUAAAUGUCUGUAUUAUGGUCAUGUGCUAAUAUUUAGAAAACUAAAUGUCUUUAUUAUGGUCAUGUGCUAACAUUAGGAGAACUAAAUCUCUGUAUUAUGAACGUGUGCUAAACUUAAUAAAAUUAAAUGUCUGUAUAUGCUCGUGUACUAACAUUAAGAAAACUAAAUGUCUGUAUUAUGGUCGUGUGCAAACAUUAAGAAAACUAAAUGUCUGUAUUAUGGUCGUGUGCUAACAUUAGAAAACUAAAUGUCUGUAUUAUGCACGUGUGCUAAUAUUAAGGAAAUUAAAUGUCUGUAUUAUGCUCGUGUGUUCUAACAUUAAGAAAACAAAUAAUAUGUAUUAUACUACGUGUGCUACAAUUAGGAGAAGUAAAUGUCUGUAUUAUGCACGUGUGCUAACAUUAGGAGAAGUAAAUGUCUGUAUUAUGUACGUGUGCUAACAUUUAGACAAGAAUAUGUCUUUAUAACGCUCUUGUGCUUACAUUAAGAAAACUAAAUGUCUGUAUUAUGCUCGUGUGCUAACAUUAGAAAACUAAAUGUCUGUAUUAUGCUCGUGUGCUAACAUUAGAAAACUAAGUGUCUGUAUUAUGCUCGUGUGCUAACAUUAGAAAACUAAACGUCUGUAUUAAGCACGUGGGCUAACAUUAAGAAAAGUAAAUGUCUUUAUAAGAUACGAUUCUUUUAUUGAUAAAAAAAAAUGGAAAUGUUUUUUAUGAUUACAUUAUACAUUUUCAGCACAUAAAUAAAACAAUUUGAACAAAGGACAUUUAUUGUAAAUUAUUUCAAACAGCCAUUCAGUGAGUUCUCUUAGCCAAAUCGGGGACUUAUUAGUUCUCAUAAAGAUGUGUGACUUCAGAGGGAGCACGCCGGUAAAUUCGUACAGAUUGGGGAACAAAGGAAUUUGUAUAUCUUUCAGUCCUCGCCCUGAUUGAAAGAUUUCGUCUCGAACGGCCCGAUCCUAAGUAUCUGUGAUGAAGAGGGUGGGGUGUAUCAUCCAAAAUGUGUUUAGUUUUACAAAAACAUCUUUCUUCAAAUAGUUCUGCAAGUGAAGGGUGUUUAGUUUGUGUUAAGUUCCUAGCUUUCUUGAUUAGUCGGUUUAUGCGGUGUUUAAUAUCAGACGUUGAAUUCCCACACCAGCAGGUAAAACUGAAAUUAAGCAGGCUUCCAAUAAAUGCACUGUAGAAUAAAUUAACGACUUGCUAGUUUGUACAGUUUUUUGAGGUAGAACAGUGUUUGGUUGACUUCCUUAUACAGCAUUUGGCCGUGCUCAUGCCAUGUUAACUUAUUAUUAAUGGUGACACCUAAGUACUUAUAUGCCUCUACUUUCUCUACACGUUGAUUGUUUAUGUUGCGAUCUGUAAUCUGGUGUUUCCCCCUCCUGAAAUCAACAACCAUUUCCUUUGUUUUUGAGACAUUCAGCUGGAGAAAAUUUUCAUCGCACCAAUUGAUAAAGCUUUUAACUAAGUUGCAGUAUAGGCCUUCUCCAUCAGAUAAUAUGCCAGCGAUGGUGGUAUCAUCAGCAAAUUUUAAGAUUGGAACGGUCUCACUUGAGCUUUGAAUAUCAUUUGUAUAUAUUGUAUACCGUACAGGGGAGAGAACGCAGCCUUGUGGUGCCCCAGGGUGUAUUUCUCUGGUUAGAGAUAAUUGGUUAUUUACUUUGACAUAUUAUUGUCGAUUUGUUAAGAAGUUCAGAAUCCAAGCCUAAAUAUUUAAAUUGCUACCUAACUAGGAAAGUUUCUUUAUCAUAAGGUGUGGUUGGAUAAUGUUAAAUGCUGAUGAGAAAUCUAAGAAAAGCACUCUGGCAUAUGUUUUAGGACUGUCUAGGUGAUGGUAAAGUCUCUCCAACAAUAGUAAGAUUGCAUCCUCCGUACUUCUGGCAGGUUUGUAAGCAAAUUGGUGGGGGUCAAGUUUUUGCUGUACUUCAUUCAAAAUUGCUCUUGCGCUAACAUUAAGAAAACUAAAUGUUUCUAUAAUGCCCUUGUGCUAACAUUAAGAAAGGGGUUUGUAUUAUUAAAAUAGAUUAUUAGUACACAUUUGUUUAUGGAGUUUUCGCUAACCCACUCUUAACAAACAAAUUUCAUUUCUUUGUUCUUUUUUUCCAGGAAGACUUGUUUCCACAAAAGAGAAAAGUUAUUUUAUUUGGAGACGUGGAAUCAGAUGUAAUCUUAGAUUACUUGGACAAGGACCACAAUGGACAAGUGAGCUAACUAAAGACUGUUUAUUCAUAUUUUAUAGUUCACUAGCCAAUAUCUCCGUUUUUGCUUGGGUUUGUAUUCUGAACAAAACCACUGAAACGUGUCAUCGCACACGAAUAAUUUAGGGUCCUGUCAAAAACACUUCGAAAAAGUGCCAGGUUUUUAAUGAAAAUCUUUCUAUAAAAAGCCAGAUUUGUGAUAACUCUUGUAAACAUUGUAUUUGCGGCCAAUUUCGUUUUCGUUUAUAUUCAAUCUUAGCAGAGCCUAGAAUCAUAAUUUAAGGACUAAACUUACCUUUAAAAGAUUUCUGAUUCAAUAAAGGUAUUCAGCAAUGUCAAAACUAUGGUCGUUUAUUUAUUAAAAUAAAAUAGGAUACCCAUUCCAAAUGAUAUCAUUUUAGUUAUUCCUAAGAGAGGGGCACUAUAAAAAUCAUUUAGAUAAUUAUGUAUAAAUAGAAUUGAAUUUUUCAAAAUUAUCCCAUUACAAUAUAAAGGAAUUUCAAAGAGGUUGCCUUUAAAAUGUUUACUAUUGGGGCAUUGGGAGACAAAGGAACUUAACUUUAAUGCUUUAUAGCAGUGAGUAUUUUAAGUUGGAUAAGGAACGAACUUUAUUUUAAAAAUGUCCCCUUUAAAUUUGGCUGAAAACUCCUAAGUCGAAGCAUUUUUGUUUUAAAUAAAAUGUACAACCACCACCCCCCACCCCCAACCCCCACCCUCCUGUCCCGCCUAUCCACAAAAAGAUAAAAAGAUGUGAAUAUUAUGACUUUGAAAUCCACCGUUAUUUUAAAAGGCAUUAAUGAAAGGUAUGUUGACCAAGUUUGGCCAAGAUGCAACAAGUUACGUAGAAGCUGGCAGUGUGAAAUAAAUCUUCUUGUAUAGCUUUGGCUAUUAUAAGGACAUAUAUUCUAGAACCUUCUACAUUUAAUUUUGGAACUUUCUAUGAACUUCAAAAAUAUAUUUAAAUCUAAUUAAUAACAUUUAAUGACAAUCAUAGAGACUUGUGGAAACAUUUAAAACAUAAAAAGGGCAUUUAUAUAAUCUUAAAAACCGUUUUUAAUUAAAUGUUCUAGAAUAAGGUAGAAACUUACAGAAACGUAAUGAAGAUUCUUCAAAAAACAACUUGUAAAAACAUGACUUUAUGAAAUCCUAAUGACAAUACUAAAACAUCUCAUGUCUUCCAUUUAAGUUUUAAAAAGGGCCCUUUUAGGUAGCGUUCUUACAUGUGACAUUUUAAUGUCCGGAUUCUUAAUUAUUCAUCAUUUACAUAGUCAAGUUAGACGUGUCAAAGUUGUCCCAUUUUUUCGGUUAAAAUUGUCAGAGAUUUAGCGUAUAUCAGUAGUUAGUGUCCCUUACCCCAACAGUGGUGAAUAUUAUUAGUUCAAAACAAUUUGAACUAUAUAUUUUCAAGUUCAUUUGUACCAAGUUUGGUCUAGAUCUAUUCAUUAAUUAUAAUUAUAUUUACAUAGCUCAUGUAAAGUAACAUAAUUGGGUCCCCAAACUCCGUAAACUUUAGCUUCUGAAUUAUGAAAUGAAACAACUAUGAAUCCUAAGUUUGAUCAAUGUCCAUAUUCCAUGUAUAAAUGUGUGCUGUAAAGUAGACUUAUUUUCUUUUGUUAUGGUGUUAAUGAUACGUGGAUGAACAUUUGAAAUCUUACUGAGCAAUUAAUUAUUUUAUAAAAUAUAUACAACUUAUUUAAAAUCAACAUAUACAUAUCUAUGAAGACCGGUGUUACGUUUUGUGAAUUUUCAUUGUUCAUUUUCUUGCACCAUUUUUCACUGUAACACUCCCGUAUCAAUAACUGUAACACCCCCGUAUCAAUAACUGUAACACCCCCGUAUCAAUAACUGUAACACCCCCGUAUCAAUAACUGUAACAUCCCCGUAUCAUUCACCGAUGCAAGGAACAAAAUCUUAACAGAGAUCUGGCAUUUAAGAAGCUUAUUAUACAACAUGUAAAAAAAUGUAUUUAAAAAUCUACAACGGACUGAACUUGUUGUGUGUGCAGCACAUUGUGCAUUGGAGGCAUUGCUAAACUCAUAGAAUGCACCCACCCACAGUAAAAAUAUCAAGAUGAUAAGAAACAAGAAGAGAACAUAAAUACAGAGAAAUUGAGGACCACUAGUAGGAAAAUAGUUUGUUGAUUCCACAUGGUGAUUUGGUGGCGAACAUCUAAUCUAAUGUUGUUUUCAUAUCAAGCUUCAACAUACCCAGUUCUAAUUUAAAAAUUAAAAAGAAACACCAAUGGCUUGAAACCCUCUAGGUACCCCCAAAGCACCCCUUAUGCACGCCCCUGAACUAUGUAAUUAAUCUCACGUACUAUUAUUGAAAGAACAUAGAGCAAAGCUUCAUUUCUAUGCCUCCACCAAAAAAAGGGACACCAAAAAUAUUUCUAUCUUAAGAGAUAUACGUUAGAAAGCGCAGCAUCUGAAUAAGGGCUUAUUAUAACUGCAUAAACCAAAACUAACUUAAUUUGAACGUACAUCGAAGUCAUUUCAAAAUAAUUUUUAAUAAACUUUUUACCCACUAUAUUUUACAAUUGUUUAGAUUACAGCUUUAGGGACAAUGAGUUUAUCACCAGUGUUUUUUUACAGACAAUUUCCUCCGGAGGUUGUUGUUUGUUUGUUGUUUUUUGUUUGUUUGUUGUUUUUGUUUGUUUGUUGUUUUUUUUGUUGUUUUUUUUUUGGUGGGGGGGGGUAUAUUUCAGAUUUCUUUUUUUUUUGGGCGAGGGCAGUGUCAAUGGUAAGAUGCGUAGCUGAGGGGAGCAUAGGGGACAGAAAACACUAUAGCUACACCUCUGCCAGGGUCGUAGAAAGUGGGGCGCAGUGGGUGGCCCACCCACGUGUCAAUUGUUAAUUAUAUGGAAUGGCGGACUUUUUGGAUAACUGCAGUAUUUUAUCGUGAAAGGGAUUGUAAAAGUAGACUCUUUGGAGUCACCUCCCCAAUAAGAUUUUUAUAGUUACAAAAUCAGAUGGUUCAUUUUUGAGUAUACCUGAAUUCAGAGUUUCUAUUGUUUGGGGAAUCAAUUAUUUUUUUUAGACGUCCAUGGAAGGCAUAAUGGCGCCAAAUGCGAUACAUAACUGAAUUCACUCCAGUUGUGGUGUGCCCCAGAGUUAUCAUUUUGCAACCCUUAGUUCAACCCCAUACUGUAACAUUGAUAAGCGUGAGGGAAGAGAAGUGCAGAAUGUGAGGGUGUCGAAAAUUCUUGGGCAAUUUUAAAAUGCAGUGAUGCAUUUAGGCACAUUCUUGAAUUAGGUGUUUCUUUCAGACACUUUUGAAGGGGUAUUUCAGACUUUCGGACUGGAAAAGCCAAAAUUAGCCAUAAUAAUGAUCAAUAAUAUCUCUAACCUAACUCUGCCCCAGCUUAACAUGAACAAAAUUCAGUCCAGUUGUGGCGCCUUUGAGGGUAUGCUUUUGCUCUAAGUUAUUCUCACCUCUUAAAACGUUAUGGAACCCAUAACAUUUUUGGUGAAUUCAAAUUGUAAGAAUGCAUUUUAGAAGAUACUCUAAUUUAGUUUAGCAGCAUUCUACGCACUGAGAUAGUUUGAUAUACGCGUGUUGCCAAGCAAUUAGAUAGUUUGAUAUAGGCGUUCGUUUUCAUUGGGCUCAUUUAGUGGCAAUCCAACACUCGAAGGUUUCAUUUGGGCUCAUUUUAGUGGCCAUCCAACACUCGAAGGUUUCAUUGGGCUCAUUUAGUGGCAAUCCAACAAUCGAAGGUUUCAUUGGGCUCAUUUUAGUGGCAAUCCAACAAUCGAAGGUUUCAUUGGGCUCAUUUAGUGGCAAUCCAACAAGCGAAGGUUUCAUUGGGCUAAUUUAGUGGCAAUCCAACAAUCGAAGGUUUCAUUGGGCUCAUUUAGUGGCAAUCCAACAAUCGAAGGUUUCAUUGGGCUCAGUUAAUGGCAAGCCAACACUCGAAGGUUUCAUUGGGCUCAUUUUAGUGGCAAUCCAACAAUCGAAGGUUUCAUUGGGCUUAUUUAGUGGCAAUCCAACAAUCGAAGGUUUCAUUGGGCUCAUUUAGUGGCAAUCCAACAAUCGAAGGUUUCAUUGGGCUCAUUUAGUGGCAAUCCAACAAUCGAAGGUUUCAUUGGGCUUAUUUAGUGGCAAUCCAACAAUCGAAGGUUUCAUUGGGCUCAUUUAGUGGCAAUCCAACAAUCGAAGGUUUCAUUGGGCUCAGUUAGUGGCAAGCCAACACUCGAAUGUAUCAUUGAGCUCAUUUAGUGACAAUGCAACAAUCGAAGAUUUCAUUGGGCUCAUUUAGUGGCAAUCCAACACUCGAAGGUUUCAUUGGGCUUAUUUAGUGACAAUGCAACAAUCGAAGAUUUCAUUGGGCUCAUUUAGUGGCAAGCCAACAAUCGAAGGUUUCAUUGGGCUCAUUUAGUGGCAAUCCAACAGUCGAAGGUUUCAUAGGGCUCAUUUAGUGGCAAUCCAACAGUCGAAGGUUUCAUUAAUCUCAUUUAGUGACAAUCCAACAGUCGAAGGUUUCAUAGGGCUCAUUUAGUGGCAAUCCAACAAUCGAAGGUUUCAUUGGGCUCAUUUAUUGGCAAUCCAACAGUCGAAGGUUUCAUAGGGCUCAUUUAGUGGCAAUCCAACAGUCGAAGGUUUCAUUGGGCUCAUUUAGUGGCAAUCCAACACUCGAAGGUUUUUCUAUUUUCAGAUCAGCUACAAUGAACUUCUAAGUUUUAUGGAGGAGACGGGCAUCAAUAUGCAGAACCGUUUCCUUGGCUACCAAAGACGCGUCAUCACAAACUUUCCUUCAUUCUUGGACACUUUACAAGCCACACUGCUCACCAACGUUAAGCGGGUUUAUGUAGAGGUGAGUACGUGCGCCAUUGCCAACAACUCAGUCCCCAUGCAGACACUUAAGCCAUAUGCCCUUCAUAAGCUGCAACAUCCUCUUAUAACAAAUAACUCUUCCUCUUUGCUUUAUCCACUUACAGUGGUGCAUAGCUCAUUCCAAAAUGUGUCCAAUGUAUUUCAUUUUAAGUAUUUUAAUUAAAGCCUUUCUGCUCACUUCACUUCUUGUCCGUUUCUUUCUCACCGUCGAGGUUUCUUCUCAAUUAGAUCAUGGGUUAUACCCCCUUUCUUUCUUGCCAUUCGGACUCCCUUGAAGAGGCUUUCUAGUAAUAAUUGAAUUUCUCGGUUUUGACACAAGAGCGUACACAUCAACGCGAUCUUCACUUCAGAACCGUACCACCCACAUCCUAUAGUUUAUAGCUCACGUGAUUGUAAUCCAUAUUCCUUUUUAUGAUUGGCUUACUCUAAUUUCUUUGAGUUAUUUUUAAUUGUAUAGUUUUCUUAUAUUCAGGAGCGAGAUUUGAAGCGCACAGUGGGAAUCAAUACUGGUCACGUGGGAACCUCAGACUUUGUCCUCGAGUCACCCGAUGUCGAAUUCGUCAUAGAGAGAGGCAGGCGCUCUCUGGAGGCCUUCCUCAAAUAUUACGUGGCCACCAACCACCUGAAGAAAAAACCUGAAUACAAACAACUGAGCCGAGAUUAUCGCAAGGACUCUGGAGCCUCCAUUAUAUCGGACUGUUCAAACCAAAGCUUGGGUAGCAUGGAGACUGUUGACAGCGCGAGUCUCCCUGUUGUGCAGAUCAGUGGCGAGAGCGCGCUGAGCGGGGACCCAGCCACCGCAGAUCAACAGGUGACAGCGAGGACCGGAUCAGCGUCAUCCGGCAAAAGCGUCAGCAUCUCAGACAAGAUCGAGGUCAUCGGCCUGGGUGGAUAUGACCCCAAUGAAGAUGAACUCCGUGAAGACGCCCGUCUGUUGGGGGAUACCCAUGGGGCGUCCAACAUGCGGCACACGACACAAUCGGGACACCUUUCUCCAACACUGAAGACGGCAAUGACCCAACCACGGUCAUUGUUGAAGAACUCGGCAAGACACGACGAUGUCAACGUGCAGGUUCAUUAUCAUGUAAGUGAUCCAAGUACCCCGUUAUUACAUGAUGGCAAUGAGACACUUGAGCUGCAGUCAGCAGCUGUCGUAACACGGAAAUCCUAGAAAGUCCAACACUCCAUUCAAUGGGUGUUAUUGUAAAUACGACUUAGACAAAAGCACCUUCAAUUAACCCUGUAUUUAUUGUUAGUAUACAAUAACGCAUAGCAUAUCAAACAAUUCUCGCACAAAUUGCUUAGCACUGGCCAAAUUAACAAUGAUUAGAGGUAAAUGAUGUAUUUAUUUAUUUAUUUUAUUUUUUUUUUUAAAUCUUGCACACGUGCUGAGUGAUCUUUAAAAAAUAUAAAGGGUUCAUUUUGCAUCAUGGCGAAAGAUUGUGACAAUCGCUGAACCCAAAUAAUAAACUCAGUGUCACAAACAUAGAAAAGGUGAGGUCAAAACUGAUCAGUUAGUUAACUUUCAUAGGCAAGCGUUAGGUAAUAUAUACAUAAUAUAAUGACAGUUUGACAUGAUGGGAUCACCAGUCGCUAGAUCCGCCAGUGAAUUUAUAUUUGUAUAUAGUUUUAUCAUUGUAGUGUAGUUUUUAUUUGAAACCAUGAUAAGAAAAUAAAGCAUCAAAGCGUAGUGAUACUAUGCUGGGGUCGGCAUCAAAGCGUAGUGAUACUAUGCUGGGGUCAGCAUCAAAGCGUAGUGAUACUAUGCUGGGGUCGGCAUCAAAGCGUAGUGAUACUAUGCUGGG